GGACCUACUCGUAAAAUACCAGCUGGUUCCAGUGUAAUGGAUUUUUUCCAGUUGUUUGUCCCUGAUAAUGUGAUAAAGAGUAUGGUAAAACAAACCAACAUGUAUGCCAAGAAGUUUCAGGAAAGAUUUGGUAGAGACGAUGCAUGGAUGGAUGUCAGUCUGGAGGAGAUAAAGACCUUUUUGGGCUAUAUGAUAUCAACAAGCACUCAGCAUUGUGAAUCUGUACUCAGUAUAUGGAGUGGUGGGUUUUACAGUAAUAGGAGCAUCUCUCUUAUAAUGACUCAGUCAAGAUUUGAGAAAAUUCUGAAGUACUUCCAUAUUGUAGCCUUCCGUUCCAGUCAGACAACUAAUGGCCUCUAUAAGAUCCAACCAUUUCUCGAUGCUCUACAAAAUGGUUUUGACUCUUGUUUCAGACCUUCACAAACCCAGGUACAUCUUUCUCACUUCUUUAUAUUCUUUUUAAAAUGUAUUUAUUUAAUUGUUAUUCAUUUUCAAGUAUGCACAGUUAAAUGACAAUAACACAAUGAACGUUGACAAUGUAGCGUCCAUAGAUAUAGGAGUAACAAAGUUUUUACAAUAGGUAACAAACUAACAAAAGGUUACAAUGUCUUUCAGUGAUUUCUUUGGAGCAAAGGGUCGCAAUCGCUAACAAACAUUGUCCCUUAGGAACUGGCAGAUUCCUUAUCGUUUUCAGAGUUUAACAAUCAUCAGACAGAAUUGUGGGAAUGUUGAGCCCUACGUUUGCCCUGAGGAGCUGGUCAGGAAAUGCAUCCAUGGUCUCCAAGUGAUUAGGUAAAGGUCAUACUUGUGAGAAAGGGAUGCGUGAAUCUCCUCCAUCAGUCUGAUGGAUUCUAUUUUUUGGAUCCACUCCCUAGUGGAGGGGGGGAUUGGCUUUUUUACCAUUUAGCCAGUAUCAAUAGAUUCGCUGCUGUUAGUAGGUAGGGAUCUGUUGGGUCUGGGGAGGCGGAUAGCACAGACCAAGAAUAGCAAGGCCAUGGGUGUGAGUGGCAGGUUAACUCCUGACACUGCUUUGAUCAUGUCUACUACUCUGUUCCAGAAUACUUGAAUGUUUGGGCACUGCCAUCAUAUGUGGGCUGUGGUACCAUUAGGUGGGUGGCAUCUCUCCAGUACCUGUCGACCGUGUUGGAGAAUAUGUUGUGUAGUUUGGUCAUGAGUAGUGCCACCUAGAGAUUGAUGAUUUGUGAGAGAUUUGGAAUAUGGUCUUCCACUCUGUAUCAGUGAUUGCUGUAUUGAGUUCAUGUUGCCAGUGUCGUGUGAAGUUUGGUAGAGUAUGUUUGUCGUUGGCCUGCAGUAGUUUGUAGAUUAUGGAGAGUUGUUUAUGUUUUAGUAUGUGUUUCAAAAUAUGUUUCAAAAGUGGUGAGAGAGCACCCUCCCAUUAAAAGCUUGUCAGUGGUGUGGAUGAAAUGUGAAAGUUGGUGGAAGUAGUAUGCUUGUAAGGUGGAGGGAGAGCCCGAGGAUGUCAGCAUGGCUAGGGGGUUAAUGUGGUCUCCCUCCAGGACAACCAUUAAUUUAAGGCCUUGGGACAUGGGGGGUCUGUGAAUGAAGUCAUAUGUCCUGUUGCGUAGUCCUGGGGGAAAUAGGGGGUUGUUGGUCCGGUGGUAUAGUGGAGAUGGGUAGACCGAUAGGCCCGCCGAUUCCCUUAUUUGCUUCCACUCUCGCAAUGUAUGUGUAAUUGUGGGGUGACUUACGCCUAGAAAGGUCGACCCCGAGAGGUGCCAAGGGAUCGUAUGAAGCAGAGGUUUAGGGUUGGUCCAUUCAAAGUGAGUGCAAUUGCUUUGUAGUAUUGGUACAUGUUAGGCAUGCUGAGUCUUCCACGAGCUGUGGCCCUAGUUAGAAUAUCAUAUGAGAAUCUCGGGUGGCUAUGUGUCUAUAUGAAUUUGGGGAAAACCUGUUUGAGUCUGGUGAAAAAGGAUUUGGGUACGUGGAUGGGGAGAGUUUGGAAGAGGUAUAGGAGCUUCGGGAAGAUGGCCAUUUUUAAGAUGUUAAUCCUCCCUAGUCAGCUAAAUUGCGUCUUGUGCCACGCCGUCAGGUACUUAAUUGUUUGGAGUAGUGGGAUGUAGUUCAGGUUCAAGAGCUUUUGUGUGUCUCUAGUGAGGCGUACCCCUAAGUAAGUGAUGUGGGAGGUUGCCCACGCGAUUGGUAAAGCUCCUUCAGUGUCUCCAGGGAGUGAGUGUUUAGUUGUAACGGCAGUAUCUCACUGUUAGAGAAAUUGACCUGAAAGUUGGAUACUUGGUGGUAUUGGUCAAUUUCGUUCAUAAGAGGAUUAAGGGAUGUGGCGAGGGAUGUCAGUGUGAAGAGGUCAUAUGCAAAGGCCGCUAUUUUAAAUUCCUAUUGUUUGAUUUGAAAUCCCUUGAUGCCCCCAUUCUCCCUGUUCCCUUGUAAAAAGGGUUUCAUUGUGAGGAUGAAGAGUAGGGGUGACAGGGGGCAUCCCUGCCUCGUGCAAUUGGUAAUUUUACCGGGUCAGAUAGUUGGCUAUUAAUUUUCAGCUUGGCGGUUGGGUUGGCAUAUAUGGCGUUUGGCCCGAAGCCUAGGGACCUCAUGGUAUGUUUUAGAAAGGUCCAAUCCACACAUUCAAAAGCCUUUUCGGCAUCGACCGACAGGGCUUAGUAGUUUUGUGGUAUUGUGCUUUGCUUCUCUUUCCGGGACAAAGCCUGAUUAAUCUGGGUGGAUCAAAUCUUUUAGUAUAGGGCGCAGUCUAGUCUCUAAGAUUUUUGUAAAUAUCUUUAAGUCCACAUAGAUAAGGUAUAUCGGACGGUAGCUGCCGCACGCCAUGGGAUCUUUCCCUUGUUUCAGGAGUAUAGUAAUGUGUGCUUCUAGGGCUCCCCCUGGUAAGGGGUGGAUGGCCGUGAGUGUGUUGCAUGCUUGGAGGAAGGGGCCUGAUAGUAUGUCGGUGAAGAUUUUAUAGUAUUUGGCCGUGUAUCCGUCCGGCCCUGGGCUUUUAUUUAGGGGAAUCGCAUGUACUGUCUUUCGAAAUGUAGGUAGGUUAAGUGCUAUAGGAAUUUAGCCUUGAAGCCUAUCCAGGCCCUGUGGGAAUCUUACAUAUGUGCAUUUAAAAUGCUUGGUGAGCCUGUCGAUUUUAUCGGGACCAGGCAUUGUGGGUCUGGCAUUAUGGCCAGGUUUAGGUCGUUUGGCAUUGUGGUCUCAGUGGCCUGGCUGUGCAUGUAGGCCCUCCAGGGGGCUGGUCUAAUUGGCCCUUUAGAAGAGGAGUUAUCUAGGAAGGUAGGGUACCAACAUAGUCAAGACAAUAAUACCCCCUAAUCUGCGGGAGGUCUGAGUGGAAUUCCCAUCAUACCCAUAUCUCCUGAAUCAUCCAUUGCAUCUCGGGGUAAAGUGUCUCUAUCCUCACUUCCUGGCAGUCCCGACUGAGAGUAGAUACAGCAUUGGGAUUGGUACAGUCUCUUAGUAGGGAGAAGACAAUUCCGGUCUCAUAGUAGAUCCUUGCAGGGUAUCUUCUGGGACUGUUCACCUCUUCUUCACCAUCUGUUGUCCCCUGUGCCUCUGUGGUAUUUGGGCCGUGGCUGGGCCUGCAGGGGAGGCCGUACCAGUCCGCUAUUUGUGUCGCUGGGAGGUCCCACGGAAAUAUCACGGAAAUAUUUAGUGAGAGCACAGGAUUUUCCUGCCGUUGUCUUACCGGUGCUGCUCUACGAAGCUGUGGACCAUUUUGGGUGUCCCAUGGUUUCUGUGUGUGCUCGAUGGCUGUGGAUUCCACACAGUGAGUUGGAGAGCUCAAGUACUGUGCGGCUAUUCCGUUCGGUGGUUGACCUUUUAUACAGUUUAUGUUUAUAACAUUGCUUAAAAGCCUUUCUUUAAAUUAGUUGAAAUAUUUUUUUAUUCAUACGCUGUUUAUCUGUAUAUUUUAUAAACAGUGCAUAUAGAAAAUAAAAACUAUUUGUGCAAAGCAUAUGCUUCAGUAUAGUGUUAUUCACUCUGUGUAUCUGUUUAUUUUAUUAAUGGUGCAUAUAGAAAAUAAAAACUAUAUUUGCAAAGCAUAUGUUUCAGUGUAGAGUUAUUAUUAAACUAUAAAUGCCCUUGUUUGGAUUGGACAAAAUAACCCAUGACUUUCCAGAGUAGGUCAGACGGCAAAAAAUACAGAUAUUAACAAAAUGUCUGGAUAAUGCAAAGCAGCCUCUGAAUAACUUAGCCAACAUUUAAAAUGUAUAAUAUUUCUAAAUUCACACUAAUUUUUCAGAAAUAAUCUAUGACAGAAAUGUGUGUACUACUAUAUGAUGAAUGUUCAAAUACCAGAAAUACAAUAUUGCUUGUUUGUUCCUUGAAAUUUAAUUUUUUUAAACCAAAUAUUCAAAGUGUAAUACAUAUAAAGUUACAGAGUUAGAUUAGCUGAGAAGAGACAUGAAUCUAUCAAGUAUAGCUUUUUUCACAUCUGUUUUGGUGUUGAUCCAAAAGAAGGCAAAAAAAAACAGUUUGAAGCAUUAAAUAAUUCCUAUUCGACCCAAGACUUGCAGUCAAAUAUCUUCUUGGAUCAAGAAACUAUUACCACACAAUAUAAAAAGUAUAUCCCUGAAUAUUUUAAUUUUGAAAGUAUUGAUCCACUUUCUGUUCAAACAUCUGUACAGACUCUGAUAAAGCCACCUCUUCAGGCAGAUAAUUCAACAUCCUUAUUGUUAUUACUUUCCUUUGCCAUAGAAUAAAUCUUCUUUCUUCCAGUUUAAACAACCUUGUGUCAUAUGCAUAGACCUGUUUAUGAAUAGAUUUACAGACAAUCGUUUGUAUUGGCCCAAAUAUAUUAGGCAAUCAUAUACUCUCUGAAGGGAUAUAACCAGUCCCCCAAUAUAACUAAAAAGUAAUAUCCUGUUUUAUAACAGAACAGUUAUAUGAACAGCUUUAGACAGUAUACAAUGUCCUUUAACUUACAAUAUUUCACACAGGGUCUGAAAUGUUAGCAUAAAAACAAAAAUUUCUCUCAGUAGAGGUGACAAUAAUUGGCAAAUAAAAAUGGUCAGUUCCUUACUUAGACCGUGUUUACAUUACUCGUAGUGGAGUUUACUAAAUUUGUAAGGACCCUGAAUACAUCACUUGUAGUGAAGUUUGCUAAAAAUUGCAGUAGAAUGUAAAAUGAAUGUUCACAUACAGUAAAUGUAUGUGUCUGUGCCUGUGUGUAUCUGUAUGUGUGUCAGAGUAUGUAUGUGUAUCUGCAUGUCUGUAUCUGUAUGUGUGUCAGUGUGUGUAUGUGUGUAAUCUGUGUGUCUGUGUACCCGGAUGUGUCAGUGUGUCUCUAUAUGUUUGCACGUAUGUGUAUCAGUGUGCUUGUGUCAGUGUAUAUAUUUAUACAUCUCUGCACUCAAAUGCGAACACUACAUACACCCCUAAAUUCAAAGGCACACUACACACAAGAAAGCCACUACUUAAAAAUUGCAACAGUACAUAAAAACACACAACACUACACACAUAUACACCUCUACAUUCACACACACAUACUCUAAAUUAAAAUAUGACAUUCAGGUUGAUAGCGGAACUCUAUCAACGUUUAACCGCACUCCGAAUAUAAUUUAAAAAUCUACUUAAUAUUAAAGACCGUCAUUUUGUACAAUUAACUAGGGGAACUUUUUAUUCGCAUGGAAAUAAAUGCGGUAAAAUAUUGGCAAAGGCACUUAAACAUAAACACCAUGCAGCUGCGAGUUGAGGGUAAGAAGGACUGAAGGUUUAUUGAACAGCUUGAAUUUUUAUACAGUUUUUCCCCACAAGGUUGACGCCCAGGUGGGCCUUGUGGGGCACAGGACACGGAAUUAACAAGCCAAUAAAAACAGAGUCUUACAUGCAGACACUUCCAUACAGUGUACACAAACCCUCCCCUCUGUUUAGGAGAUAAUUGAAUUAAUUACUGCAUCAACUCAAUUAUCUCCGAACAAAAAAUACAGUUUUUACCCAUUUUCUGAAAACACCCCAAAAGCAUAUGGGAACCUUAUAAAUAUUACAUCCCCUGAUAGCCCUGAUCUGGGUGAACAACAUAUUCAAAAUUCACCCAGAUCAGAGCAGGGGUUCAGAAAUUUUAUGGAAGUCUCUUUUGACUGACCGACCGCAUGCAUGUUUUCAUGUCCAAAAUAGUUCCAGAGAAAUAGGCGCUCUUUUUUAGGCUAUUUUUUUAGGCUAUUUCCAAUGAUUAAAAUGUACUUUGGUGGAUUACUUUUACCGAACGGCGUGCUGUUCGUAUGGAUUUAGUCGAAGUUAGCUGGAGGUGGAAGUUCUAGUGUUGUUCAUGCUGUCGAGUGUAUGAUUUUAGUUCCAUGCACUCAACGACAAAACACCGCUGACCUCGUUCAAUUAAACAAGAUGGCCACCGCCACGUAUUCGGCUAUAUGAACGGCGACCACCCAGCCAUUAGUCAAUUAGGCUGCGGUUUACCACAGCUUCUGGGCGGUUAACAAGCAGCACACUUCCAAAUAUCGGUGGUCCGGUACUUCGGCUGUUCGAUGGUUCGAAGUACCACUUCGAAUUUCUUUGACAGUUCGAAGUGGUAUUGGUAAACGUCCCAGCAGGCAGAAAUAAUGUCCUAGGACCAAAUAAGUCACCAGGGUUAUAGUUCCAAGGUAAAAUAUGGUCAAUUAGUUCUCUCCAUAAUCCAGGGGUGAAGUGUCUUUUAUUACAACAAAAAGGGGGAAGAGCACUAUAACCACUGCAGCAAAGGGGAAACACCAUAACCACUGGGAAUACAGAGUGCUCCUGUUACAAUCACAUUUUACUACAGAUCAUACAGCUCAAACAUUUCACUCUUACUACCAGAAUCUCUACAACCUUCCACAAAAGUCAAUAUCACAAGACCUAGUCAUUGAUUAUAUCAGAAAUAACCUGACUCACAAGAUACCGGUAGACAAAGUUACUAUUUUGGAACAACCUUUCAUUAAUUUAGAAUUUACCAAGACAUUGAACUCAAGUCUGAUUGGGAAAAGCCUGUGGCCUGAUGGUCUAACGACCUGUUAUUAUAAUACAUUUAUGGACGUUUUAGUUCCUCAUUUCCUUAAGACUUUCAACUCUUGUUCAUUAGACUCAACAUUACCCCCCUACUCCCCAAUGCUUUAUGCUUCAGUCACACUUAUUCCUAAACUGGGCAAGGAUCACACUCAAUGUGGGAAUUUAAGACCAAUUUUGUUAAUCAACUCUAAUCUUAAAUUGUUUGCUAAAAUAUUGCCACUCCAUCUCAAGACUCUAUUGCCUGGACUAGUCCACUCUCAAGCUGGUUUUGUGAAGAGAAGCUUGGGACAAUACCACUAAACUUCUUAAUGUUAUACAUGGAGCAGGUACGUCCAAGAUGCCCUUACUCGUUUUAGCUAUAGAUGAUGAAAAAGCGUUUUAAAGAGUGGACUGGUCCUAUCUAUUCCUUGUGUUAGAGGCAUUGGUGCUUCAGACGAGAUUUCAACAUUGGGUAUGACAACUCUAUCAUGGACCAACAGCUAGCAUAAGGAUUAAUGGGCAAAAUUAUAAUUCAUUUAGCAUAAGAAAUGGAACUAGGCAGGGUUGCUCUCUUUCCCCAAUAUUAUUCUCCUAAAUUAUGGAGACCUUCCCCAAAGCUAUCUGACAAAAUCAAAUGAUCAGGAGGCUGAAUUGAACAUUUCAGCUCUGUGACGGACCGCUGGCACUCCGACUGAGUACCUCCGCCAAUCGAUGCUCCUAGUGCUCGCAGUGGGUGAACCUCUCUUUCCCCAGAGAACAGGAACAGGAACAAGCUCUUAGCAGAACUUAGUGAUCAUACCCUGGGGAGUAUAGUGAUUAUAGCAAUCCCCAGAGUGUAUUUCUCCAAUCCCCCAAACAUGAGCCAAGGCUUAAUGCUGGAACAAGACUGGUUUACUGGCACACAGUACUCACAAUUUAAGCAACACAAAACUCCUCCUCUGGGCUAGGCUAGAUAAUUGAGUUUCUACAAUACACAAAGCUCAAUUAUCUGCUGGCCAGAAAUAAUACAGUUUUUACAGCAUUCAUAACUUCUAAAAUAUACAUCACAUUCACAUAAAAAUUAUAUAUUCACAAUCAAUCCAUUCAGGGAAACAAUAUAUCAAAAAAUGGCAUGAAUCAGACGAGGGGUUCAGAAGUUAGUAAAGUAUCUUUUGGGGCCUGGCUGGCAGCAUGGCUAUCUGGCCCAAACUGGUUUUACAGAGCCCUCUAGCCUGGAGACAAUGGGGAAAGUAAUCCAAUUAUCCAGGGAUAGAAGCAGACUCCAUUGAGCACAUGUUCCCAGUAAAACACAAAAGGAUACAAAAUUACAUAACUCCUAUCAUACUGAAUUGAACGGGCCAAAUCUCCCAGGGUCCAUAGUCACAGGGCAAGAGGCGGGCAUGCAGUCCUCUCCAGGCACAAGUGGCGAAGGGUACUUCGUCACAAGCUCUAUUUCAAAUUUUAAAGUCAACACCAUGAAAUAUGAAAUGAUGGGAGUGUCUGUCUCAUGUAAGUUGAAGCAGUUAUUGCUCCAAUAAUAUCAAUUUCACUUGGCCUCUAACGGAAUUAAAUAUUUAGAUGAGCAGAAAACAGGGCACAAGAGAAUACUCUUGGUCCCCGCUCAGAUCUCAAGCUGAUUUUAGCUCAUCUUGUGCUAUUACAGAGUGAACAUCUCUGAAACAUAUCAGACUGGUCCCACCCAUACGGGCAGUCCAGAUCUGAAAUGCCAGCAAGUUCCCUCUGCACGAGAGAUACAGCAACCCCAGACGAUCAUUUCAGCCUUGUUAGGUAUCAUCAGAGAGGCAUAGCUAAUAUCUCUUUAAAUAUUUAGAUGUAAACAUCAAUCCUUUAUUAUCCAAUUUGGUAAAAGCGAAUGACUUACCCCUUUUAGCAGCUAUUAAAUUAGACCUUUCCAAAUGGAACCUGCCUUACUUUUCAUUGACGGGUGGUAUUAACAUUUUAAAAAUGAUGAUUCUCCCUAGACAUUGCCUAUUUAUGUUCUACAAUCAUUUUUUGUAAAACUCAAAUCCUUUUUAUCACAUAUAUUUAAGGGGGUUAACACCCAAGAAUUGCCUAUCAUAUAUUGACUAGAAGCACUGAUAAGUGGGAACUGGGACUACUAUGUGGCUGUACUACUGGUUAGAUUGACCAACAUAGAAUAUAAGAAAUGUUGGUACUCAAUUGAACCUAGUUUUGCCACAACCCAAUUGCAUGUUAUACCCUGGUUGACUACUAAUAUUCAUAGGCUUUGUCCAUCUUCACACCCUCUAAUUACAAACACGCUCAAAAUAUGGAGAAAACAUAGGUCUAUUUGGUCGUUGUCUCCAGGUAUAUCACCAUUAUAUCCUGUUACAGAUAACCCUGAUUUUCAGGAGGGCCAGGGACAUCAAUCAAUGCUCCAAUUGACCGGUAAAUCCCAGAUAUGCCUUAACAAUCUUUUAGUGCAGGAUACUUUAGCAUUGCUCUUGGCCCCACUAGAUGUCCUACACUCUGGGAUAUGCUGAGUUAGUUACAAUUGAUGUGCUUCCUUAGGAAGGAAAUAAUGCCCUCUUGUGGCAUUUGAGCAAGUUUGUCAUCUUCCAAGACCAAUUGCUCGACCACUUUAUAAAAUAUAUUCUCUAAUAAUAAAAGGACUUCAUAGGAGGAGAACUAGCCCCCUUUCAGAGGAAAUGGGCAGUGUCAUUACAUAUCCAGUUAAUAGAGAGGGAUUGGACUUAUAUUUUUCAGACAGUUAUGCCCUCAACAUGAGAGUCAAGAAAAAGGGAACUUUUUUAUAAACGAGUUACACAAUGAUAUCGCACAUCAUUAGCUUUGCAUUCAAUAUUUCCUAAUAUUAGUAACAUCUGUUGGAGAUGCAAUAUAACUGAAGGCAGUCUGGAACACAUAUGGUGGCAUUGUUCAAUAAUACAACAGUUUUAGUCACAGGUUUUGGGUUUUAUGAAAUCAUUUCUGCCUAUUACUCAUACCCUUUCUCGAUCGCAAAUUCUGUUAGGAUGGCCUAAAGAUAUAGCUAAGCAAACAUGUUUAAAUCUGCUUCUGAAUGAAGCCAACAGUCUUAUACCUAGGUUUUGGGGAAAAAACAAACAAACCCUACUCUUGAGAAAUGGUAAACAAAGUAGAAGACACAAGAUAUAUGGAGAAAUUAUAUCGGGGCUGAGGGUCAGAUAUGUAAAUAUUGGAAAGUAUGGUUAAAUUACUGGAUUACAUAAAGAUCUAUUGUUCUUUAACCACGUAAUAAAAAUUGUAAUUAUAUUAUUUAAGCAAAUUCCUUGACAUUGACUUUGUGAUUAUUGACAUUUUGAUUAUUGUUACAACCUGAGAGAUUGUCUCCUCUUCUUUUAUUACAUUAUAGUAGCGAUCAAGACGUAUGUACCACAAUUGGUGCUUUGUGUGUUUUCUCUUUUUUUGUUGUUUUCUCCCUAUUUAGGUUACUAUGUAGUACUUGUGACGAAAGCAACUUCGCCACUGGGUCUUGGAGAAACAUACGCCCUGGACGGCCAAGCAUGACUAACCCAAAGGUGAUGAUUAUGAUGGCCCUGGGUUCAUAUGGGAUGCCUUGGAGGAGGACAUUGAUCUCGGCAGCAUGGAGGAGUCUAGAUUUUGGUACAUCUACGACUACCGGAUAGGCAUGUAUGUUUGUGCUGACGACCGUGAGGUGAGCAAAGACAUGACCCACCUGGUAACAAGGGAGUGGGAGCUGGAGCAGGACUACCAACAACUGCUCAGCUUCGUGCAGCCCCAACCUACCUGACAAGCAGAACCAGACCUACCACUCUACAGCUGGGAAGACCUGGCUGAGGUACCCCUUGCUUCCCUAUGAGUUACCGAAGUGGGGGACCUCAUCGACUGGCUCUGGGAUGACCUCCAGAUGGCAGGUGGAGAUGAGACCGAGGUCUCUACAGGGAUGCUGGGCAGCCGGCCCAGAUCCACAGCUAUAGCCGGAGCUACCGGGAGUGGAGACGGUUUGUCUCCCUCCCCAGUGGCAGUGCAUCUCAUAGGGAGAGGAGGCAACCGUUCUCUCUCCCCAGUGGCAAAGUGCGUUAUUGGGAGAAGAGACAGUCGGUCUCUCUCCACAGCGGCAGCUUACCUUCCCAGGGAGAGGAGACAACCGGUCUCCCUCCCCAGCGGCAGGACAAGUUAUUGGGAGUGGAGACAGUCGUUCUCCCUCUCCUGUGGCAGUGUGUAUUACAGGGAGAGGAGCAUAUCACCCUCUCUCCCCAGCGGCAGCAAGCAGUUCAGCACCAGGCAGCGUUACCAGGAGUCGAGACAGUUGGUCUGGCUCCCCAGCGGCAGAGGGUCUCUCUCCCCAGCGAUAGACAGUAUUACUGGGAGAGUAGAUUGUCGGUCCCUCAUCCCAGCAGCAGCAAGCAUUUCAGCACCAAGCAGCAUUACUGGGAGUUGAGACAGUCAGUCUGACUCCCCAGCGGCAGAGUGUUAUUUGGAGAAGAGACAGUCGGUCUCUCUCCCCAGUGGCAGAAUGAGUUACCGGGAGAGGAGAAUGUCGGUCCCUCAUCCCAACAGCAGCAAGCAGUUCAGCACCAGGCAGUGUCACCAGGAGUCGAGACAGUUGGUCUGACUCCCCAGUGGCAGAGGGUGUUAUUGGGAGAAGAGACAGUCGGUCUCUCUCCCCAGUGGCAGUGUGCAUCACAGGGAGGAAUGUGUCAUCCUUCCUCCCCAGCAGCAGAGUGUGUUAUUGGGAAAGAGUUACCAGGAGAGGAGAUUGUCGGUCCCCCCUUUCCACAACAGCUCAUUUGUCCAGGGCCUGAAUACCUGCAGGCAAUCCCAGCAGAAGCACUGGCACCAGGGCAGAGUGCUGGUGGCCUCUGCCCACCAACUACCUACAGCUCCAUGCCGGGGAGCACAAGGGAGAUCAUGGGUGGCAGAAGCCCUCUGAAGCCUGGGACAGACAGGACAAAACUGGACACCUGAGAACUGCAGGUCCAGCACUUAGUUGUGGGUGGGCUGUUUGACUAACUCAGGUACUGACCGACAGGACGUCAGGUACCUGGUUAGUCUCCCCCUGGGAGGGAAGAUGUGUGACGAAAGCAACUUCACCACUGGGUCUUGGAGGGGACUACUGGCCAGCCUUUUACCCUGUGACUAUGGCCCUGUUAUGGUACCCUCAGCAUAAAAGGGUUAAACCGCCGUUUAGUAGAUCUUUCCUUCCAGAGACACAGGCACAGCUACUGCAGAACACCAAUCCGCCGAACAGGAAACCAUACGAAUGCUGUAAACAGCCGAAUAGGAAAAAACAUACGAAUAGGUUUACACUCCUAGUAGUCAAACUGGAACUGCAUACAAUAAAUCCCCCCCAAGAACGAGACAAAGCUCCGUGUUGAGGGUGAAGCAGUGAACAGACAGAGCUGUGGGUUUAUUGUUCUUAUAUACACAUUAGUACCACCCACAGGGUUUUGGAACACAACCAAUAAACACAUACAAUACACUCAGACACUCCCACACAAAAUCCUCCCCUCUGCCUGUUAUUCAAUUACCUUACACAAUGGGUAAUGUAAUUAGCACAAGCAGAGAAAUACAAUUUUUCCACAUUAUUCAUAACUUGCAAAGUAUGCAUCACAUUCACAUAUACAUUUUCAGAAUCCGCAUACUCCAAAUACAAACAUACGUCAAAAUCAUCCAAAUUGGUCCAGUGGUUCAAAAGAUAGAUCGAAGUCCUUUGUGACCAAAGGAAACAUGGCUUUUCUGCCCAAAACCAGUUCCACAGAGUCUUCUAUCCUAGAGAUAAUUGGGAAGUAAUCAAAUUAUCUCCAAAGACAGAGGCAAAACUACAUUGAACACAUGGCAGCAAAAGACAAUAAAACACAUAAAAACAUAUAACUGUGCAGCCAUUGCACAAAACAUGUACAUUCAAGAUAUUCCCAGAUAGCUCAGAUCUGAGUGCACAUUAUUACUGAAUGGCGCUCAGAGCACACACAUACAGUUCAAUUGCCAUGGAGCCAAAGUCUUUCCCAUAGUCUUUCAUUAUACGAAUGGGCUCCAUGGCAUAGCUGUCUGGAGUAUCACCGCUCAAACAGGGCAAGCACCAAAUGACCCGGCUUUCAUGUCUUUGCAGGGGAAAAUCAAGCCUUUUAACAUGGGGCCAUAAUCCAAAGGCAACAGGCGAGCAACCAGGCUUCUCCAAUGCAAUGUGGCGAGAUUGGUAUCGUCACAGGUCCCUUUAAUUUGUUUUGGCUGAGAGACCCUAAUUGUGACUAUUGACACUGUAACUGUGACACAUUGGUUCUUCGAGCUCCCGAACAGUCUAUGCGGCCGCCAUUAGACAUUUGAACACGUGUUGGCGUCCAUCUUGUUCGCAUGGACUAAAACCGCGAAUAGACUUCAGGGGGACUUAGCUACGAAUCCCGGUCGGUCCUCCAGCGGCACUUAGCCGCAAAUCUAUGGAACUUUUUUGGGCAUGAAAUCCUGGGUUUGCCUGGGCAAAAAUGACUUCCAUAAAAUUUCUGAACCCCUGAUCUGAUCUGGGUGAUUUUUGGAUAUGUUGUUCACCCAGAGCUAUCAGGGGAUGUAAGAUUUAUGGGAAUAUGUUAUGUUUUGGUGUGUUUUCCAGACUUUGUAUAAAUGUGUGUUUUUUCUGCCUCUGGAUAAUUAGGUUUAUGCAUUAACUACCUUAAUUAUUGUAAAGGAUCCUUCUAUUCGUGCAGCGAUGAUCCUUGCAGCUUCUCCCGAAAUCCAGCUGAAACGAAGUGAUUAUAACUCCCAAUCCCCCAAACAUAAAUCGAGACUUCAUGAAGGGGUAAAACGAUCUGAUUUACCGGUAUUUAUGCAGGUCUCCCACCUGGUGGACACUCCCCUAGGGGACCAGAUGGAAGACUGGGACAAAAGUAUCACAGUAGCCAAUCACAGUGGCAAUAGCAUAAGCACUCCCCUUCUACAUAGAUCACUCCCUCUUUUCCAUCCUGGAGAUAAUUAACUUAAGGUAGCAAAGAGAGCCUUAAUUAUCUCCAGGUAGAAUGAAACAUGUCUUUUCUUAUUUUAGCAAAACAGCAUAAAAAUCUAACUUUCCUUUUACAUAACAUAAACUGUAAGUCUCACAUAUCCCCAGAUAGCUUGGAUCUGAGUGCAUAUUCUAGGCGAAUAGCGCUCAGAUCCCACGAACACAGUUCUCAGAAAUGUUGACUGAAGUUUGGCUUUCUUCGGCCGUUCGUGGGUUUGUAGCCGACUACAAGUUCCAUACUGUAGCUAUCUGGGGUCGGUCACUUUCGCAUACUUCCAGCGCACGAAUUAACUAGUUUCUCCUUCAUUCGUGUGUUUUUCCACCAUACGAACGAGGAUUUGAAGAGGGAGCAGCGGUGUUCGACAAAAUAAGUAGCCGAAAUUAGUUCCAGGGAAUCCUCGCCAUUUACCGCUGAGUGUUCGACAAUACAAAAUGGCGAUUGCCACGUAUUCGGUAAACGAACGCAGACCACCAGCUAUUCCCCAAUUAGUCUGUGGUUAACCGCAACAGUCUGGGUGGUUAAUAGGCACCACACAACCUCAGUGGGAGGUCGGGUGGUUCGUAGUUCAUUCGCUUUUCUCGCUAUUUGCACGAAAUCCCGCUGUAAUCAUCCAAAUAACCGAACAGGCUGGUUCGCAUGGUCUGUUUAAUAAGGGAUUUCGUUUCAAUUAUAUCACAGGCAGAGGGGAGGGAUUGUAUAAUGUAUGUGGGAGUGUCAGACAUUGUUAUACUGUUCUUAUUGGUCUGUACAGUUUGUAAUGUGGUGUUCCAUCAGGUCCUGGGGGUGUGCCACAGGCCUGAGGAAUUGUAUAUAAGCCAACCUGUACCAAUAAAGCUUCAGGCUUGUUCUACCCUUCAUGAUGUUUUGGCUCAUGUUUGAGGGGUUGGAGAACUACCUACACUCUGGGGAUUACUAAAAUCACUAUAUUCCCCAGAGUAUAAUCACUAAGCUCUUGUAUGAGCUUGUUCCUGUUCUCUUGAAGCUGGAUCCUGGUCUUGGCGGAAGACCGCGAGACCCCAACCAAGCUGCGGUGGUUCAUGGGGUCUGCAGUGGUUAUUGUGUCUAGUGGAGUGCUUGGAGCCCUAGGAAAGUCAACGGAGGUACCCAAUCGGGGUGCCAGGCGAUCCGUUACAGUACUAAACGUGAAAAGUCUUAAAAAAUUAAUUGAGAAGCAACCAUUUUGAUAUAUUCUCUAAUACACUUGGCCUGAUGUUAUUCAAACAUUCAGUGCAGGCUAUACUACACCUUGAUAACAAAAAGGCUUAUGAGCAGAGUUGAGUGGACACCUGGAUGUUCGCCGAGUUCGGCCUAACUUCGUCAAAAAGUUCGAGUUCGGGCUCGAACUUGACCCCGAACCCCAUUGAAGUCAAUGCCUCUAAAAAAGUCCUGGAAAGGGCUAGAGGGCUGCAAAGGGAAGUAAAAUGGGGUUAAGAAUAGGACAAGUGCCCUGCAAACAAAUGUGGAUAGGGAAAUAACUUAAAAUAACAUAAAAUAACAAUGAAGGGGGGAACCUACUGUCCUCCCCCCCGGCCCCCAUCCCUGAGCGGUGGGUGGGGGCCCUAAAUAAGAAUGAUGAGGAGGACCUACUGUCCUCCCCCCGGUCCCCACCUCUGAGCGGUGGGUGGGGGCCCUUCAUAACAAUAGGUCCUAUUGUCCUCCCCCCUGGCCCCCACCCCUGAGCGGCUGGUGGGGGCCAUAAAUUACAAUAAGGGGGUACACCUAUUGUCCUUCCCCUGACCUGAGCGGUGGGUAGGGGCCCUAAAUUAGAAUAAGUGGGGAUCUAUUGUCCUCCUCCCUGGCCCCCACCCCUGAUCGGCGGGUGGGGGCCCUAAAUAGAAAUUUAAACCCCCCCCCAAGGAGACUAGGGGACCCCAAACCCCUAGUCACCCCCUCCACCAAAAAAAAAAAAAAAAAACCCCUACCUAACCCCCUCACCCUAAAAAUAAGGAGGGGGGAACAUUAACUAUGUACCUGUAAAAAAAUAAUUAAAUAAAACUUACCAUUUGAUUUCAGCCCCAAAAAGUCCAAAUAAAAAUCCAUAAUAACCGACACAUUUAAAAAUAGAAAAUUAAAAAAAAAGCGCAAAAAAAAAAAUCCUGGAGGGCUCCACGCAGACUGAGCUCUGCAGGGCAGGGGAAGGCUUAUAAAGUCUUGCCCCGCCCUGCAAUUAAGCUCAGAGCCCUCUGGUGUUUUUAAGCCAUCCAAUCAGAGUGCUCUGACAGGUAAAUUAAGAGACUGACUGGUAAGUCUCUACAUUUACCUGUCACAGCACUCUGAUUGGUUAGCUUAAAAUCCACCAUUCAGAGUGCUCUGUGUCAUUUUACACAGCGUGGGAAAGUUCUUUGGAAUUUUCCCACACUGUGUAAUUUGACUCAUAACAACACUCUGAUUGGUGGAUUGAAAGUAACCAAUCAGAGAGUUAUGAGUCAAAUUACACAGCGUGGGAAAAUUCCAAUGAAAUUUUCCACGCUGUGCAAAAUGACUCAUAACACUCGAUUGGAUGGCUUAUUUAGGGCCCCCACCCGCCUUUUGGUAGAUAGCGCACAUGCUGCACUGGCCAAUCACAGCCAUGCCAUUAGUAGGCAUGGCUGUGAUGACUUCUUAGGGCACACUAGUCAAACGCUGCUGCCUUUCAAAAUGCGCAAUUAAAUUGCUGAACACCAAACUCCAACCUGAACAUAAACUGAAAUGUCCGUGUUAGGGUCCGGGGUCCAAUAACCGUAAUGUUCGGUACGAACCCGAACUUUCCAGUUUGAAUUCGCUCAAUUCUACUUAUGAGCUUAGAAAUGAAGAGGUUCUAUUUCAACUGUCAAAAGUAAAGACAAAUAAGUCAAUGGGACCUGAUGGAAUACACCCAAAGCUAUUAAAAGAGCUUAGUGGUGUACUAGCAAAACCAUUAACAGAUUUAUUUAACCAAUCAUUGUUAACAGGAGUAGUCCCAGAAGAUUGGAAGUUAGCGAAUGUUGUGCCCAUUUACAAGAAAGGUAAUAGGGAGGAGUCGGGCAACUAUAGGCCAGUAAGCCUUACUUCAGUAGUGGGGAAAGUGAUGGAAACCAUGUUAAAGGAUAGGAUUGUUGAACAUCUAAAAACACAUGGAUUUCAAGAUCAGAGACAACAUGGGUUUACUUCAGGGAGAUCAUGCCAAACUAAUCUUAUUGAUUUGAUUGGGUAACUAAAAUUAUAGAUCAGGGUGGUGCAGUGACAUUGCUUACCUAGAUUUCAGUAAGGCUUUUGACACUGUUAUCAAUAAACUGCAAUCUUUAAGUUUGGAUUCCAAUAUUGUUGAAUGGGUAAGGCAGUGGCUGAGUGACAGGCAACAGAGGGUUGUAGUUAAUGGAAUAUAUUCGAAGCUUGGACUUGUCACCAGUGGGGUACCUCAGGGAUCUGUACUUGGACCCAUUCUCUUUAAUAUUUUUAUUAGUGAUAUUGCAGAAGGUCUUGAUGGUAAGGUAUGUCUUUUUGCUGAUGAUACUAAGAUAUGUAACAGGGUUGAUGUUCCAGGAGGGAUAAGCCAAAUGACAAAUGAUUUAGGUAAACUAGAAAAAUGGUCAGAAUUGUGGCAACUGACAUUUAAUGUGGAUAAGUGCAAGAUAAUGCAUCUUGGACGUAAAAACCCAAGGGCAGAGUACAGAAUAUUUGAUAGAAUUCUAACCUCAACAUAUGAGGAAAGGGAUUUAGGGGUGAUUAUUUCUGAUGACUUAAAGGUAGGCAGACAAUGUAAUAGAGCAGCAGGAAAUGCUAGCAGAAUGCUUGGUUGUAUAGGGAGAGGUAUUAGCAGUAGAAAGAGGGAAGUGCUCAUGCCAUUAUACAGAACACUGGUGAAACCUCACUUGGAGUAUUGUACACAGUACUGGAGACCGUAUCUUCAGAAGGAUAUUAAUACCUUAGAGAGGGUUCAGAGAAGGGCUACUAAACUGGUUCAUGGAUUGCGGGAUAAAACUUACCAGGAAAGGUUAAAGGAUCUUAACAUGUAUAGCUUGGAGGAAAGACGAGACAGGGGGGAUAUGAUAGAAACAUUUAAAUAUAUAAAGGGAAUCAACACAGUAAGGAGGAGACUAUAUUUAAAAGAAGAAAAACUACCACAACAAGAGGACAUAGUCUUAAAUUAGAGGGACAAAGGUUUAAAAAUAAUAUCAGGAAGUAUUACUUUACUGAGAGGGUAGUGGAUGCAUGGAAUAGCCUUCCAGCUGGAGUGGUAGAGGUUAACACAGUAAAGGAGUUUAAGCAUGCGUGGGAUAGGCUUAAGGCUAUCCUAACUAUAAGAUAAGGCUAGGGACUAAUGAAAGUAUUUAGAAAAUUGGGCAGACUAGAUGGGCCGAAUGGUUCUUAUCUGCCGUCACAUUCUAUGUUUCUAUGUUUCUAUGAAAAUAACCUCCAUGUUUUUUUACUCUGUAUUUAUUCUGUAUAUUUAUCAUGUAUAAUUUUAUUAUUUUGAAACGUAUGUUACUUUCUUUUCUUUAACAAAAAAGAAAAGUGGAAAAAAAUGAAUAAAGAUUAAAUUAAACAAACAAAAAAAUGUUUUAAAAUGUCUCACAUCAAUUCUAAACAACUUGCCACCAGUCCUUUCUGUAUUGUUUUUUAUAGUAAUCUUCCCAAUUUAAUUAUUUUACAGGAGCUAUUUUUAAUUAACUUGACCUGGAGCAUCUCUUAACUCUAAGAUAGCUAGAGAGUUCCUUUUUCUGUAAUUGAUGCUCACUACCAAGCAAUGUAAAAUCUAAUAUGCUGAUUGUCAUUCUUUAUUACAUUUUUGAUUUUAGUUAAUCCUGAGGUAAUCCAGUUGUUAAGGUUUAGGUCAUUAAUAUUGCAUGUCAGAAAUACUAAUGGUAACCCUAUGAUAAUUUUUCUUUAGAAGGAUAUAUGGUGCACACAACUUAUAAUGUCGAUUCUUAAAUUACGUUUCUUACAGUCUUAAAUGAAAGUUCUUUAAAAGGGAUGCUAUUUGAAUUAACUUAUCUCUCUCUUUUCUUCAAAUGAAGCACUCAAUUUCCAUGUCUUAAAGGACCACUAUAGUGCCAGGAAAACAUACUCGUUUUCCUGGCACUAUAGUGCCUUGAGGGUGCCCCCACCCUCAGGGUCCCCCUCCCGCCGGGCUCUGGGGAGAGGAAAGGGAAUAAAACUUACCUUUCUCCAGCGCCGGGCGGGGAGCUCUCCGCCUCCGAUCCUCCUCCUCUCCUCCCAUUCGGCUGAAUGCGCACGCACGGCAAGAGCUGCGCACGCAUUCUGCCGGUCUCAUAGGAAAGCAUUUACAAUGCUUUCCUAUGGACGCUUGCGUGUUCUCACUGUGAUUUUCACAGUGGGAAUCACGCAAGCGCCUCUAUUGGCUGUCAAUGAGACAGCAACUAGAGGAUUUGAGGGCUGGAUUAACCCAUUUAUAAACAUUGCAGUUUCUCUGAAACUGCUAUGUUUAUAAAAAAAAAAUGGGUUAACCCUAGCUGGACCUGGCACCCAGACCACUUAAUUAAGCUGAAGUGGUCUGGGUGCCUCGAGUGGUUUUUUAAUGUUGUAGAAUUUUAUCACAUCUGUGAAUGAAAGUGUUAAAAAAGGGAGGUUUUGCAUCUGCUGUUUUAUUUAUUUUUACAUGAGGGUGUAUUUAAUUUCUAGUUUUUAACUUUUGAAUACUCUUUUCACAAUUUGUGAAGGAAAGUGAUUAAAAAGGAUGUUACCUGAGGGGCGGAAUCUGACCUCUUAUGGAGAAAGACGUGUGAGACGUUCUCUCUCCCCCGAGCUAUUAAUCUGUAUCAAUUCGCACUAUACAAUGUACAUCCAACCUAAUUUUGCACACUACAGACUACUACCCCAUAAACCUUUUCAGCCAUGGGGCACACAAAAGAAAGAAAAGAUCAAACAUCUUUAGUGGUAUCCUUAUUCCCGACCCCGCGUGAACCGGGGUGGCCAUCAUCAUCUCAAGGUCUACCAGGCUCGGGCUCAGACACCGGCGAAAGCGACACCACAACAGAACCCAACACCCCCCUCUCUAAAAGGGAUCUACGAAAAUUACUGAGGAAAGCUACGAACGACAUUAAGUCCUACACAGCGGCGGAGUUGGAAAAACACGUGGCAGGCCUGAAGGCCGAUGGAGAAGCGCUCACCUCCAGAACAAGCAAAGCGGAAUCUCAAGUCAUUACCAAAACUGUGGAACAAGGCCAGGACAUAUCUGCCCUACAAGACAAAAUCCUGCAAUUAGAAGAUGGUCUAGAAGACCUUAAUAACCGCCCCCAUAGGAAAAAAAUAUGAAUACGGGGCAUGCCGGAAACUAUCAUAAAUGAAUCACUGAUCUCUAUCAUUAGGGAAUAUUUAAGUCUCUCUUACUGGAAGCCUCUGAACAGGAGCUCAUGAUCAAACGUGCCCACCGGGCAUUGCACCCCCCCCGAAUCCUAUCUCCUCGAAUCCUAGGGAUGUCAUAAUCAAAAUGCUCCAUUUCACCACAAAAGAAACUCUGAUGAAAAUUACUAGAGACAACCCCCUCUCUAUCCAAGAUCAAGUGCUGCACUUCUUCAAAGAUUUGGCCCCAUCAACGCUCCAAAAGAGGAGGGAGUUUAAACCCCUUACUGCUGCCCUCAUCUAUCAUGGCUGGCGCUAGACGUGGGGACACCCAUUCAAGCUUGUGGCCAGAAAGGACAACCAAUUUGGCCUCUACUUAGGAAGAAAGACAGGUUAUGGGGUACUCACCCCUCAUAUGUUAUUAGUUAUGUUAAAAUCAUUAUCUGUCAUGUUAUGUUAUGUUACCCUAUUUCUGUUUUACCAUAAUGUGAGGGGUGCAUGGCCCACAGUGACAGCAUAAGACCCCUAGCAAGGACCAAGACCAUACAGAUCAGACCUUUACCUCAAACUAAACAUGGCCGCACACCCAGAAAACAACUUCAUCAGGUAUACAUACUUAAAGGGCCUAGGUUAAAUUUACACCCACUACAGCAAUCCGUUCUUAGUAUCCAGAAUUUGCACACUGCAUCCUAAAAUGUUUCACAAAACACUCCCCCAACAGGUCCAAAGCAUAUGACUUCCCAUUAUGCCAAAUCUGGAAAGCCCAUGCUGUAGCAGUGAUUUAUACCCCUGCACAUAUCCCAAUCACUGUUUGGAUGUAAUCAAACACUGUCUUUUAACGUUCAGGGUCUCAACUCCCCACCCCAAAAAAAAAUUUGGGUUUAAUUUCCUAGUUAAAGAAAGGGUACAGAUAGGAUGUAUUCAAGAAACUCACUGGAGAUUGAGUGAUAAGAUUAAUUUAAAAAAAAAAAUGUUUUCCUAUGUUACGGUAUAACCCCGGUAUCGGGGGCUAAUACCGAAAGAGGUAUUCACCUUGAUACGGGAAUAGCAACUCACGAACACUUCAAUUCACCGAACUGGAAAAAUACACGAAAUCCUUCUCCCCUUGAUAUGGGACCAGCAACUCACGAAUACUCCAAUUUCCUGAAUGGAAAUUCUCUCCUGGAACAGGCAAAAUAAUACUUCCAAGUAGCAAUCCCCCCCAAACACGAGACCAAGCUCCGUCUUGAGGGUAAAAUAGGAAUCGGGUUUAUUGAGGGCUACAUGCCCGGUAUUUAUGCAGGUCUCCCACCUGGUGGACACUUCCCUAGGGGACCAGAUGGAAGACUGGGACAAGUAUGGUACAGUAGCCAAUCACAGUGGCUCAGGCAUAAACACUCCCCUUUGUACAAGCAAACCCCUCCUCUCUAUCCUGGAGAUAAUUGAGAAGAAAUCCAAUUAUCUCCAGGGAUAGAGGCAAACCGCCAUUUUACAUGAUACAAUAAAAACACAUAAAAUUCAAUAACUGUAAAACUACCGAAUGUAUUCAGUGCAUAUAUCCCCAGACAGCUUAGAUCUGAGCGCACAUUAUUACCUAAUAGCGCUCAGAUCCAAUACACACAGUUCAAUCGCCAUGGAGCCAAAGUCUUUCACACUGUUCUUUUGGUAUACAAAUGCUCCAUGGGAUGGCUAUCUGUGUUAAGUCCAUUUGUGAAAUAAACGUCCCGAACGGACCGGCGUUCGUAUGCCAGAUGACAAAGAAAGGAAGUCGGCGGUGUUCGGGAUAAAAAGUGUUCGUUUUGGGUUCCAUAAGAUUGUCGAUGAACACCGCUGUUCAUUCGUGAGUCUAAGAUGGCCACCGCCUCGUGGUCGGCAUACGAACAACGACUACCCAGUAUACGGUUUCAAUUAAGAGAUGUCUGCGGUUAACCACAACAUUCUAAUUGAGGCCAAUAGGUUAACCAGCAGCACACUUCUCUUCUGGGUGGCCGGCCGUUCAGCAGUUUGUUCGGUAGAUUAAAAAAUAAACAAACGGGGAAGUACGGGCAGGCAAUUACACGAAUACACACGACUCAAACGGGAUAGCACACUUCUCUUCUGGGUGGCCGGCCGUUCAGCAGCUUAUUCGGUAGAUUAAAAAAUAAACAAACGGGGAAGUACGGGCAGGCAAUUACACGAAUACACACGAAUCAAACAGGAUAGCAAUAUAGUUCUACGACAGAGGGAUCUGUCACAUCCUAUCAUGAUCAAAUCUUCAUUAAUAGAGAAGAAAAAAAGAGGGGUGGAUGUUUUUUUUUUCUCAAAAGAUAUUGAUAAGGAAGGAAUAUGAAUUAUAUUAAUAUGCAAAACAAAAGGGAUAACAUAUACUAUAGCCAACAUUUAUGUCCCUACUCACUUUAUUGACAAAUUCUUGCUAAAACUAGAACAAGUUAAACAGGGAUAAGUGAUACUUGUGAGCGAUUUUAACUGUAUAUGAGAUCCACCUAUGGAUAAACAAAUUAACAGGGGGAAAAAUAUAGAUAAGAAUACAAUAAAUCAAGUGGCAAGACUGUGCCAGAUCUUAAAGAGGGAACCCCUAAUGGAUAUCUGGAGAACCUUUCAUCCUAAGGAAAGGGACUUCACUUGUUUCUCUUGAGCCCCAUUUGCACUGAGCGGUUCGAGUCGGUACGGAUUGGUAUGCUAUUUUGUGUGUUUACAUUAUAAAAGAGGCCCAUACAACCGAAUCAAACUGCACCAUUCCUGGGCACCCUUCAGUUGCAGGCCCAUAGGAAAAUGGUACGGUAUGGUUAGGGUGGAGCUACUGGGGUCACGAUACCAUCCAUUGAUUGGCAGACAGAAAAAUGUCACUGCAUCAAUUGGCGGACAGAAAAACGGCACUGCGGCACUGUGGUCUAAACCCUGCAUGCCCCCUGGCGGUCCGACUUGCAGUGGAAACGCAAGUAGGACCGCAUGGACUAUUCUAACCCUUCUGAACCAUACCAACCCCAACCGUUCUGCUCAGUGGAAAUGGGGCUUAAAACACAUUGAGCUUUUUCUAGAAUUGAUUUAUUUUGGGAAACUUUAGGGUGGUAGAACUAACACUAUAUAUAUGGAAUUGAAACAACAAUUCCAUACAAGAUCAGACUGGAAAUUACAAGGCUGACUUCUUCUGUCGGAUGGGAAUAAAAAAAUAUAUUGCAGAUACGAUAGCAUAUAACUUUUCAGAGAAUUUAUACUCUGGAGUACCUCCAGACAUUAAAUGGUGUGCGUUUAAAUCUGUUAUCAGAGGGCAUUUGAUAAAAAUGGCAGCACAGUGACAUAAAAAAAGUGUGACGGAUGCCCCCUCUAUGGAUUGUACCUUGUAAACUUUUUCUGUUUAUUUUUAAUUCUACUACCCUGAAUCAUUCGGUAUACGAACUAACUGAACACUUAAAAUCUACCCAGUUCGUAUACAGAACAAACUGUCGAACAGGGCCGUCAUGUGCUGCUAGUUAGCCCCCUUGACCUUCCUAACACCUACUCUAACCACAAUCCCUAAACAUUCUAAGUGGUCGGCUGGGUGGCCAUCAUUCGUAUGGGCGAACACAAAGUGGCGGCCAUCUUGUUUUUGCGAACGCUUCCAGCAGGGUUUGGUCAUCGAGUGCAUGGAACUAUUAUCGGACACUCGAUGGGCCUAACACCGCUGAGACUUAUGUUCGUUUCCGUUCAUCCAACGAAACCAAACUCCCGGACACGGGAUACACAACUAGCCUUCUCAUGAACGGUUCCUUUCAGUAUUUCUUUGUGUUGGAGUUCCAGAAAGAGACCAACCGCACAGCCUGAAUCUCUUGAACAAUAUUGGGCAGGAGCCUUGCUUGUGGCCGGUCAGAAACAAGGCUUCCAUAAAACUCUUUGGGUGAUUUUUAAAUAUGUUGCUCCCCCAGAUCCGGGCUAUCAGGGGAUAUAACUUGUGUGGGGACUAUCUGAGUUUCUGGGGUACUUUCAGGUAACCUGUAAAUUGUGUUAUUUUUCACCUAGAUAUAAUUAAAGUUAAUACAGUAUCUGGCUCAAUAAUCUCUCAGGCAGCAGGGAGGGAUUGUAUGAUUGUAUAUGGGAGUGCCAUGCAUUUGAACAUCAUUGUCAUUGGUCUGUGUAGUUCCCCACAAGGUCCAUGUGGUAGUGACCCGUGCAUUGGGAAUGGCAUAAAAGGCCAGUGUGGCUACCAAUAAAUCAGUCCUUGCUUACCCUCAUCAUAGAGUGCUAUAAUCACCAGCUCUUGUAAGAGCUAUACUAUCCUGGGAAAUCGGAAAGCAUCACUCUGAACAGGGGGAAAAGAACGGUUCAUGCAGUGAAACUCCUCAUCCUUUGUGGCAGGGUAGCCGCCACAAACAGAAGAGUCUCUCACAAUUAUAUGUCCAAUGAUCUCAAUAUACCAAUAAAAAUAAGCCAACAAAAGAGACAACAGAAAAGAUAAAAGAAGUAGAAUCUAAAAUUAAUGAACAAUUCAUUAAUAGAGCAAAUAAAAAUGUAGAAAUUUUAAAAUCAAAUUAUUAUUACCGAGGUAACAAGGCAGAUAAAUUAUUAACUAACAAAUUUAAAAUCAGACGUGCAAAAAUCAUAUAAAUAAAAUAAUUAUAGGGCAACAGACUCUUUUAGCACCAAAAGAAAUUGGGUUAUUUAAAUCGUACUAUCAAGAGUUGUACAAUUUGCCAGAACAUACUUCUUCACUCCAACUUGAAGCUUAUGUUCAAGACAAAUCAUUGCGAUCUCUAAAUUUACAGCAAUUGGUGCAAUUAAAUGAACCUAUAACAUCAGAAGAAGUAAGUGAUAUUAUUAAUAAUCUCAAAAGAAAUAAAGCACCCGGGCCUGAUGGCUAUAUCCAUUUAUUUUACAUAAUAUAUAGAGAUCAAUUGAGCCCUUAACUUGCAGAAAUGUAUAAUUAUAUAAUGGAGAAAGGAUCUAUGUCAUAAGAAAUAUUAAAGGCAAAUUUGUUCCCAAUCCUCAAACAGGAUAAAAAAUCCUAUGGAACGAAUUAAUUACCCCCCAAUAGCAUUACUCAAUAUUUAUUAGAAAAUAUAUGCAACUAUACUUAAUAGUAAUUCCACGUUUAAUCGCGCCGGACCAAGCAGGAUUUAUUUCUGGCAGAUCAUCCAUCAAUCACAUCAGAAAAAUUAUAAAUAUAUAUCAAAUAAUCCAUAAGUGUAAAGCUCUUAGAUGGCCUUAGAUGGAGAAAAAAACCUUUGAUAGGGUCAACUGGAGUUUUCUUAAAUAUACAUUAAAAGCGUUUGAGUUUGCAGGGAAACUUCUGACAGCCAAUGUAUUCUCUCCCAUCCGGCAGAAUAGUAGGUCAGGGAAUAGAAUCAGACUGGUUUGAGGUAUCUAACGGUAUCCGUUAGGGAUGUCCUCUUUCUCAGCUGCUAUAUGUAAUAGCAGCAGAACCCCUAGUUAUAGCUUUAAGGACAAACCCAAAUAUACAAGGUUUUAAUAUAAAAGAAAAAGAAAUUUAAAUUUGUCAAUAUGCAGACGAUACACUUCUUCUGUUGGCUAACCCAUCUUCUUCUGCCAAUAAUGUAAUGUCAGUAAUACAGAAAUAUAUCACUAUGUCCAAUUACAAAUUAAAUGUAGAUAAAACAUUGGCAAUGCCAUUCUAUAUGGACAAACAAUAAAUAAAACUUGUUGAUAGUAACUUCAAUUUCAAAUGGGAUAAGAAAAAAUAUAGAUAUUUAGGGAUCAAUAAAACAGCUAAUCCCAAGGAUUUAAUGCAAGUAGUUUUAUCUCUUUAGAGAGAAAAUAAUCAUCUCUUAAAAACAUGGAAGUCUCUGGAAAUCUCUUGGUGGUGAAGGACCAAUACUUUAAAGGCAUAUAUAGUACCUAAAUGUAUAUAUCUUUUUAGAAUGGUUCCCCUAAAGGUCCCUACACCUUGGCUGAAGAUGAUCCAUACCGCCUUUUUAAAAUAUAUUUUAUUAAAUAAAAAACCUAGGAUAGGGGCAAAUAUAUUACACCUUAACAAGAAACAGGGAGGGAUUGGGAUGCCAAACAUCGAUCUAUACUAUAGAGCCUCUGCUUUAAUGCAUGUAAUACGCAUUUAGACAAUUAUAAAUCACAAGGAUGGUAUGAGAUAGACGCGAACAGUAUUAAAUCACCUUUUAACCUGAUCAGUUACCUAUGGCCUGAAACGUAGGGAGAAGAAUCCUCUUAAUAGGGUAGAAAAUGUUUAAUUUUUGGAAUCGUUUUAAAAGAGAGGUAAACUUAAAUAAUACAAUUUGACCAUCUCUCCCGAUUAUUCAUCUGAUGAAUAUGAUAGAGAAUCUGGAUUUGUCAGUAUGGGCCCAGCAGGGCAUUACUAAAAUUUCUAUGUUAUGGAAUCAAUCAGGUCUUAAAACCUUUCAAAAUCUACAACAAUCCUUCAAUAUACCACAGCAGGAACUAUUUAACUAUAUAAAAAUUAGUUGUUUUUUUAAAGACAUUAACAUAUAGGAAAACUUCAAAUGAAAUAAUGGAUAAAUUAAACAAUAUUAUUGAAUUGGGAAAAGAUACAAAAUUACUUUCAAAAUGUUUUGGCAUAUUACAAGCUAUUAAAGGGAAUAUUAUCCCUAAGGCAAAAGAUAGAUGGUCUAGAGAUAUAAAAAAAUAGACCUCACAGAAUGGUAUGCCGCAUUACAAACAGUAUGUUCAUCAGUCCACUGUCUUAACACAAUGGAGACCCACUAUAAGAUCGUAAAUAGGUGGCAUUUAACACCACAAAAAUUAAAUAAGAUGUACCCUCAAGAUAAAAGCCUUUGUUGGAGAUGUGGUUUGAGCAAUGCUGACGAACUACAUAUACUUGUUCAUCAAAUGAGGCUGGGAUCCACUUUUGUAUAUAUCUGUGACAGAUCCACCUGUCUUUAAAAUACUUUUAUUCCCCUUGGUUCGUCUGUUUGUUCUGUUAAUUGCCUGUCCGUACACCCCGUUUUUUUAUUUUUCUAAUUACCGAAUGAACUGCCGAACGGCCGGCCACCCAGCAUGGACGUGUGCUGCUGGUUAACCUCUUGGCCUCAAUAGAAUGUUGUGGUUAACCGCAGACACUUUCUAAUUGGUAAGGGAAAGCUGGGUGGCCGUCGUUCGUAUACCGAACACGAGGCGGCGGCCAUCUCGGACGUACGAAUGCCCAGCGGUGUUCAUCAAGAAUCUUAUGGAACUAAAAACGGACACUGAAUUACACGAACACUGCUGAAGCCGCCGACCUCUUCCCUACAGUGGAUCCUGUAUACGAACGCCAUCCUGUUCGGUAGUUUUAAUUCACGAAUGGACUCACCUCAGAUAGCUAUCUCAUGGAGCCUAUUCGUAUACCGAAAGACUAUGUGUACAACUUUGGCUACAUGGCGAUUGGACUAUGUGUAUGGGAUCUAAGCGCCAUUCGGUAAUAAUGUGCGCUCAGAUCCAAGCUAUCGGAGGAUAUGUUGAACCCAUAUAUUUCUUUCAGUUAUUGUAAUGUUAUAUAAUUUGAUGUAUUUUCUCCACCAUGAGUUUGGACUCUAUCCUGGGAGAUAAUUGAGUUACUCCCCAAUUAUCUCCAGAAUAGAGAAGAGGGUUCUGUACAGCAAAAGGGGAGUGUUUAUAGCCAAAGUGUUUCUAUUGGCUACUGUAUCAUAUUUGUCCCAGUUUUCAACCAGGUCCCCUAGGGGAGUGUCCACCUGGUGGAAUACCGCAUAAAUACCGGGCAGGUAGCCCACAUUAAACAGAUCUCUGUUUAAUCCUCUAUACGGAGCUUGGUCUCGUACUUGGGGUAUUGGAUUUGUAUGGUUUACUCGUUCGGCUGUUUGGUUCGGGAAGGAUUUCGUAUGGUUCCUGUUCGGCUAAUUGGAGCUUUCGUUAGCUGCUUCUCUAUUCAGAAAGGGAACAUCUUCAGCGGUAUUAACCCCUCUUAUACCUAGGUGUGCCAUAACAACUGGUGGCAAGCGAUGGGAUGGUACUCACAGCCCAGAUAGUCAGCUACACAGGAACAUAGACCGAUGGAAGUACAGUAUGAAAGAUUGAAAUACUCUACCCUCAAGGAUCUGCUUUAAAGCCGUGGCCGACUAGUCAGCAACCGCAAAAAGAGGGACAUCAUCGCAGAGCUAGUCGAGAUGGAUGGAGCUGAAGGACCCGAAAGAGCCAACGUAACCGAGAGGCACAGCAUAACAGACAGAACCUCCGAAGAGGCAAGUUUUGAUUGGGCGGUUUAGUUAAGGCUGGCAUAUUAUGGUCCUAACCAAACCGUGGACAUUAUUGACUGGGUCAUAGCCGCGGUGGAGGCAAGUCUAAUGCAACAAAGAGGUGCUACAGCAGCCCAAACCACCGUAAUCCCGGCUGAGAAAAAGAAAGUUAAUUUUGCCGCAUUUAAAAAGUUCGUGGAAACAGAAGAGGAAAUUGAUGGAUACCUUGCGGAUUUUGAGCGGCAAUGUGCACUGCACAGGGUACCCCCAGAGACUAUUUUGUCCGGGAAGCUGUCCGGCCGGGCCAGUAAGGCUUUUCGGGCCAUUCCAGACGUGGAUAUUGCUGAUUACAGUGUGGUGAAAGAAGCUCUAUUAACAAGGUAUGCCGUCACACCAGAGGCAUACCGGAGGCGAUUCAGAGACACCAACAAGCUGCCAGAAGAUUCCUAUACUGAGUGGGCAUGCCUGGUACACCGCACCGCAGCCCACUGGGUCGCUGGAUGUCAAGCCGUAUCUGGGGAAGAGGUGCUCCAGCUAUUUCUCUUAGAACACUUCUUUGACAAACUGUCCCCAGUAGUCAGGGAGUGGGUCCAGGACUGUAAACCCUCCACUAUGCCUGGAGCUGCCCGCCUGGCAGACGAAUGCACAGACACUCGCAAUGUGGAUAACUCGGUGGCCAAAGUCACGGCUCGGGUGGAAUAUCGACCACCAGCACCCCCUACAGCUGCCGCCUAUCAACCCCCGGCACACUACACCCCGGUAGCCAAUUAUGCCCAGCAGUCCAGGUUCAAUUCACAGGACUACUCGCAACCCCUCUGGUGCCACGGGUGCAAGCAGCUGGGCCACAAAAAGCCAGAGUGCCCAUUGAACCCAGCCUGCAGUCACAAUCCUGGAGGAGGCCAGCCAGAGGGAAUUCCCGCAACCCCCUGCCUGCUACUCAUUGCAUCGAGGAAGAGGAAUGUUGGGGUAUACUGCAUGAAGCCGACCCUGUUCAAGCGGCCCACCGAGACAACAGGCAGCAACACCGACAGACCGUCAGGGUCAAUGGAAAGGUAGCCAAUAGCUUAUGGGAUACUGGUGCCACCAUGACUCUGCUACAAAUGAACCUGGUGUCUAAGAGCCAGCACACUGGGGACACUGUGGCCAUAAGGGUAGCAGGAGGCACUGUCUUCCGCUUGCCUGGGUGCAUUUGGAUUGGGGGGUGGGCUCCGGACAUGUGAACGUGGGGGUGAUGAAAGACCUACCAGCUGAUGUUCUUUUGGGAAAUGACUUGGCUCCCCUUGUUUCUGCCUACGCCCCGAUGAGUCCCACUGAAGUUAAUCCAGUGACGAUCCGUGCCCAGACCCGUUCUGCUGAAACCGGCCUGCCUGCUGCUGAGACCCAGGUAAAACUCUCUCCCCCAACUUGUACCUUAGAACAGGCCUCCUUACGCUGGCAUACCCCAGAGGCAUUUGGGAGGGAAACCCGGGAGGAUCCGACCUUGCAUAACUAUAGGGCUAAGGCAGAUGCCCAGGAAGAGGGGGUAGACGGGGAACGUUAUGAGUGGGUGGGGGAUAGGUUGUAUAGAAUCCCUAAACCUUCCCAGAAAAGUAAUGCUCAAGCCUGUGAAGACCUACAAGAUGCAAGCAUCUUGGCAAGGACCGUAUAAAGUAAUAGCUCAGGUAUGUGAUACUACCUAUGUUUUUAGCCAGCUGUGCAGAUGAAAGGAUCCAGCAAUCCUUUCAUGUGAACAUGCUGAAGGAGUAUCAGGAGAGACAGGAGAAUGUCGCCUCUGCUGCAGAUGACUCUGAGAGCCUACCCCUCCCCAACCUACUGGAGAAGGAUCUUACUAGUCUUGUACAGCUAGGCGACCGGUUGAGCCCCACAGAAAAGGUACAGGCAAAGCAGCUUCUGUGGGAGAAGCAGGCGAUGUUCUCCCAAGAGCCUGGCUACACAACCCUAGCUGUACACAAGGUAGAGACCCCAGGACAGGCACCCCUCAGACAGCCCCCUUACCGUAUCCCUGAAGCAGUCCGGGAAGGAAUGCGGAAGGAAAUACAGGAGAGGACCCAGCUGGGGGUCAUAGAAUACUCAAACAGCCCUUGGCCUCGCCUGUAGUCCUGGUACCUAAGAAAGAUGGGACCACCUGGUUCUGUGUGGACUACAGGCGACUCAACGAGAAGACCACCACUGCCGCCUACCCGAUGCCCCGGGUGGACGAAUUGUUAGAUUGCAUAGCCAGGGGAUGCUAUCUUGCCACCAUAGACCUAUGUAAGGGCCAUUGGCAGAUUCCCCUGGCCGAGGAUGCUAUCACCAAGUUGGCAUUUGUCACCCUGUUUGGCCUGUACCAGUUUAUGGUCAUGCCAUUCGGGAUGAAAAAUGCCCCGGCUACCUUCCAGCAUAUGUUGGAUAGGCUCCUCGAUGGCUUCCAGGAUUUUGCUUGUGCAUACCUGGAUGACAUUGUGAUCUACAGUGAGUCUUGGGAGGAGCACUUGGUGCAUGUAGGGGUAGUCAUGUACAAGAUUCGGGCCGCUGGUCUGACCUUGAAACCAGACAAGUGCCAUCUAGGUAUGGCUGAAGUACAGUACUUGUGUCACCGAGUAGGGUGUGGAAACCAGAGACCAGAGCCAGUGGCUAACUGGCCCACACCCCGCACAAAGACCAAAGUACUGGCCUUCCUGGGGACUGCAGGGUAUUACCGACGUUUUGUCCCUGACUACAGUGCUAUCGCCAAGCGCCUGACAGACCAGAUGAAAAAGAAUUUACCUAGGCAGGUCCUGUGGUCUCCAGCUUGUGAAGCCGCAUUUAUAGCUCUCAAACAAGCUCUUGUUAAUGCCUCUGUCUUGGCUGCCCCAAUACCUAACAUUUUCUCGUGCACACAGACGCUUCAAUCAUUGGACUGGGGGCUGUGCUAAGCCAAGUCGGGGAGCAUGGAGGAGUGCACCCUGUCGCAAAUCUCAGCAGAAAAUUACUACCCCGAGAAGUGAGCUAUGUAGCAGUGGAAAAACAAUGUUUGGCCAUAGUUUGGGCACUGAAAAAACUGAGUCCCUAUUUUUACGGACAGGAAUUUUCCCUUGUGACUGACCACAAACCAUUGGUCUGGCUUAACUGGGUCUCAGGAGACAAUGGCAGGUUGCUGCAGUGGAGCUUAGCCCUGCAACCUUAUAACUUCACCAUAAGCUACAGACCCGGUAAGCAAAAUGGAAAUGCUGAUGGGUUGUCCCGACAAACAGACAUCAUUCCGGCCUCCUAGUUCCGGUCAUCCCAAAGUUGACCCGCAAAGCGUCAAGCCGGGUCUGCCGGAGUGUCCCACAAGGACGGAGCCGUGUGACAGAUCCACCUGUCUUUAAAAUACUUUUAUUCCCCUUGGUUCGUCUGUUUGUUCAGUUAAUUGCCUGUCCAUACACCCCGUUCGUUUAUUUUCCUAACUAUCGAAUGAACUGCCGAACGGCCGGCCACCCAGCAUGGACGUAUGCUGCUGGUUAACCUCUUCACCUCAAUAGAACGUUGUGGUUAACUGCAGACACAUUCUAAUUGAUAAGGGAAAGCUGGGUGGCCGUCGUUUGUAUGCCGAACACUAGGUGGCGGCCAUCUUGGAUGUACGAAUGCCCAGCGGUGUUCAUCAAGAAUCUUAUGGAACUAAAAAUGGACACUGAAUUACACGAACACCGCUGAAGCUGCUGACCUCUCCCCUACAGUGGAUCCUGUAUACGAACGCCAUCCUGUUCGGUAGUUUUAAUUCACGAAUGGACUCACCUCAGAUAGCUAUCCCAUGGAGCCUUUUCGUAUACCGAAUGUGACGAGACCAAUCUCGCCACUGUGCAUUGGAGGAGCCUGGUUGCCUGCCUGCUGCCUUUUGACUAUGGACCGGCAUUUAAAUGCUUUAUUUUCCUAUGCAGAAAGGUCUAUUCCUGUAUUUCUGCCCUGGCGUUUGGUAGAUUCUCGGAUUUACUGAAUGAACUCAUUUAACCCAGAUAGCUAUGUCAUGGAGCCUAUUCGUGUAAUAAAAUACUUUGGCUUCAUGGCAAUUGAACUGUAUGUGUGUGGUCUGAGUGCCAUUCAGUAAAAAUGUGCGCUCAGACCUAAGCUAUAUGGGGAUAUGUUGCAUGUCUGUAUUUUAUGUAAUAAAUGUAACCUUGUGUAUUUUAUUGUAUUUUACUGUCUUUUUACUGCCAUGUGCUUAAUGGAGUUUUGCCUCUGUCCUUGGAGAUAAUUGGAUUACUUCCCAAUUAUCUCCAGGAUAGAAGACUCUGUGGAACUGGUUUUGGGCAGAAAAGCCAUGCUUCCUUUGGUCACAAAGGACUACGAUCUAUCUUUUGAACCACUGGACCAAUUUGGAUGAUUUUGACAUAUGUUUGUAUUUGGAGUAUGCUGAUUCUGAAAAUGUAAGUUAUAUUGUGUUCCAAAACCCUGUGGGUGGUAUUAAUGUGUAUAUAAGAACAAUAAACCCACAGCUCUGACUGUUCACUGCUUGACCCUCAACACGGAGCUUUGUCUCGUUCUUGGGGGGAUUUAUUGUAUGCUGUUCCAGUUUGACUGCUAGGAGUGUAAACCUAUUUGUAUGGAUUUUCCUAUUCGGCUGUUUACGGCACUCAUAAUUUUUAUAGCAUUCAUAUGCUUCUCCGGUUCGGUGUAUUGGUGUCUACAGUAGCUGUGCCUUUGUCUCUGGAAGGGAAUAUCUACUAAACGGCGGUUUAACCCUUUUAUGCCUGGGGGUGCCGUUACACUGAAAGACUAUGUGCACAACUUUGGCUCCAUGGCGAUUGGACUAUGUGUUUGAGAUCUGAGCGCCAUUCGGUAAUAAUGUGCUCUCAGAUCCAAGCUAUCUGAGGAUAUGUUGAACCCAUACAUUUCUUUCAGUUAUUGCAAUGUUAUAUAAUUUGAUGUAUUUUCUCCACCAAGUGUAAAAUGGAGUUUGGUCUCUAUCCAUGGAGAUAAUUGAGUUACUCCCCAAUUAUCUCCAGGAUAGAGAGGAGGGUUCUGUACAGCAAAAGCUGAGUGUUUAUAGCCAAAGUGUUUCUAUUGGCUACUGUAUUAUAUUUGUCCCAGUUUUCCACCAGGUCCCCUUGGGGAGUGUCCACCUGGUGGAAUACCGCAUAAAUACCGGGCAGGUAGCCCACAUUAAACAGAUCUCUGCUUAACCCUCAAUAUGGAGCUUGGUCUCGGAUUCGUAUGGUUUACUCGUUCCGCUGUUUGGUUUGUGAAGGAUUUCGUAUGCUUCCUGUUCGGCUGAUUGGAACUUUUGUUAGCUGCUUCUCUAUUUGGAAAGGGAACAUCUCCAGCGAUAUUAACCCCUCUUAUACCUGGGUGUGCCGUAACAAUAUCAAUAGGCUCUUGGGACUGAAACAGGUGUGGACGCAAGAGAUGGCGAUAUUACAACAAAAAUUACUAUCCUUACCAAAAAAUAAAAGAUGGUUUCUGAUCCAUAUGUUGAUGGUAUUUAAGUGUUCUAUUGCUAUAAAUUGGAAAAUUUCUAAGGUUGAACUAUGGCCACAAAUUAAAGAAUGUGUUAAAUUUCAGUGCAGAAUGGAACGCGAGAUUGCAUCUAAUUUCUGUGUUAACCCCCAAAAAUAUCACAUCUGCGAUAACUGGAUAAAAGUUCUAGAGAUGAUGUCAGAAUAGGGGAUUUGAGACCCAGAGUAGAGUUGAGUUGAGAUAAGUAUAUAAAAGCUUUUUCUUCCUUUUCCUCCUAUGGCAGUGCCUUCUAUAUAUUGCAUUAAAGGGAUCACUAUAGUAUCAGGAAAACAAAGUGGUUUUCCUGACACUAUAGUGCCCUAAGGGUGCCCCUACCCUCAGGGUCCCCCUCCCUUCAGGAGCUUACCUUAAUCCAGUGCCGGGCUCCCUCUGCGCUUGUGACCUCUCCUCCCCAGCCGACGUCAGCUCCCCCGUCCAACGUCAAUGCUUUCCUGUGGACGCUCUGCGCUAUGGAUACAAAAUGUGCCUCCAGCGUCGCAGAUGCACCUCUUUUGGCUGUCCAGAAGACAGCCACUAGAGGCUGAAUUAACCCCAAAUGUAAACAUAGCAGUUUUUCUGAAACUGCUAUGUUUGCAUCUGAAGGGUUAAAACCUGAGGGACCUGGCACCCAAACCACUUCAUUGAGCUGAAGUGAUCUGGGUGACUGUAAUGUCCCUUUAAGGAAAUAUGGAUAUUGCAGUUAUCUUCACAUUCUAUGCAUAUAUGCAUGUCUAUAUGUAUGUCUAGUAUAUAUGUGUAAUUUCUGAUAUGACUUUAGAUAAUUAAAUAUGUAUGUUUUUUUCUAUACUGAAAACUAAUACAAUUUAUCAAAAAAAACAAAAAAAAAUUUAAUCAAACACUAACCUCCACUCACCCCCACACAGACUCCCCUUCCCUCAACCCCUGGUACCUACAUGGUGUGCUACGUAUAAUGCCCACCAAAGUGAAAGACUUAGCCUUCACAAGCUACUCUUGAUGAUUAGAAUUGCCCCAGAAUACCACCACAUCGUAUCGCUGACAUGUACCUUGCAGGCCAUCAUACAUACCCUGAGGUGAAGAUAAAACACUUUUUCUUUGUUUAUUUAUGCAUACACUUAUUUUAUUUUAUUUUCACAUUAUUAUUACUAUUACUAAUUUUAGUUAUGUAUUGUAAGCUACCAUAGCAUGUCUAACACAAAAUAUAAUAUGGUGUUAUCAUGGGGCAACAGCACCACUGUGCUACCUUUUAAUGGUAGGGACCCGGGGCUCAUGACGGAAAACCAUCUAUAGAAGGACUGAACCUCAGUCUUCAUAUGUACAUGGCACUGGGCUCCCCAAUCCCUACCCCAUACAGCCCAUAUAGAUUACAAUGCAACUACUUUUCCUCCACCAUUUUCACAGAUCUACUCACCCUAGCCACCGACCAGAACCCCCCCACCAUACACCCCCACCGAAUAACUGACCAGAGUAAAAUAUAGGUGGAACGAGAAAGACCCAACCAUGUUGCCCUGCUCACCUUUAUACUAACCCCAUAAUGAGCAAGCGAGUUUCCCCCUACAUUACUAAAGGGGGUGGCUCAGUAACCUAAUUAUUAUUGGGAUGCAACCUGCAAAUUCUGACCCAUUUUACCCCACCCACAAUGCCCACCUCUUUGAAAUGCGUAUCCAUUGACUGCAAAGACCUUGACAACUCCUCUAAAUGUCUCCAAUUUCUGCGUUGGGCUAACAAAACCCACACGAAUAUUAUACUCCUACAAUAAACACACUUUGCCCAAGAAAGGCCGUUACCACUGCUGCACCAUCAUUAUAACAAAUAUUUCCUUGCAAACUCCCCCACUGGUAAAAACAAUGGGGUGGCAAUCAUGAUGCGCAAAUCUUGCCUGAUAUCCACUGACUGGGUCGACCCUCAAGGCAGAUACAUAUCUAUUUCUGGUAAGGCCAGGUGUCAUAAAUAUGCUAUCACAUCAGUAUAUGCACCCAACACUAGAGCUGAGCGAACCCGAACUGUAAAGUUCGGGUUCGUACCGAACAUUAAUUUUUUUGGACCCUGGACCCCGAACACUGACAUAUCAGUGUAUGUUCGGGUUGGAGUUCGGUGUUGGGCGAUUUAAUGGCGCGUUUUGAAAGGCUGCAGGGCAGCCAAUCAACAAGCAUAUGACUCGUGUGCCCUUAGAAGCCAUCACAGCCAUGCCUACUAAUGGCUGUGAUUGGCCAGUGCAGCAUGUGACCCAGUUGACUGGAGUUGACUAGCGCCGCACGCACAUGAGCUCUUAUUAGUGUAGAGAGAGGAUGCUGCAGUUGUGAGGGACAGAUUAGGAAAGAAUUCUGGUGUUGAAUCUGCAAACUACAGCGAUUAUUCAAACUACAACAAUUAUUUUUGAGGGUGCUAUAAUACUACAUUUUUGUACCCUGCCCUGAGCCCAGUGCCACAGAGAGCGCAGUGCACUUGCAACUGCAUGUGUGCCAGGCACAUUACUUUAAUCCUGUUCUGGUAGCUCAGUGGGCAACUUCUAGGCAUUUUUAAAUACUGCAAUUUUUUGGGUGCUAAAUAGUACAUUUGCGUACUGCAUUUCUUGCAGUCCAAUAAAACCCUUAAAUACUACUGUUACAACAAAUACUACUGUUGGUUUAAACAAUCAAACUUUUUGAUGCUAAAUAGUACAUUUGCGGCACUUCAUAUCUGAGAGUCAAAUAGAACCGUCAAAUACUGUGCUUACAUUGCAGUUUUAAACAUUCAAAUUCAUUAGGUACAAAAAAGUAAAUUUGGGGCGUGCACUUCAUAUCUGAGAGUCAAAUAGAACCGUCAAAUACUGUGGUUACAGCGCAUUUUUUAAAAUUCAAAUUCUUUAGGUGCUAAAAAGUAAAUUUGGGGCCUGCACUUCAUAUCUGAGAGUCAAAUAGAACCGUCAAAUACUGUACUUACUUUGCAGUUUUAAACAUUCAAUUUUUUAGAUGCUAAAUAGUAAAUUUGGGGCGUGCAUUUCAUAUCUGAGAGUCAAAUAGAACUGCUUAUAUUGCAUUUUUAAAAAUUCUUAUUCUUUAGGUGCUAAAAAGUAAAUUUGGGGCCUGCACUUCAUAUCUGAGAGUCAAAUAGAGCCGUCAAAUAAUGCUGUGACAUUGCAUUUUGUUUGCUAAAAAGUACAUUUGGGAUGUGCACGUCAUAUCUUGUGUAUGUGUGCAACACUGGCUAGUUACCGAUUCUCAAGAAAGUCUAAAGACUUUUUUUUUUUUUAAAGUGAAAAAUAAGUGUUAUUGUGAUGGCUUCAUAUAAAGAAGCAUUAAUAUACAUUUCUAGAUUGUGUAAAGACACAAUUACAAAGUUAAAAACCAAUCACCAAAACAACAUGCCAGACAAUCUACCAGUGCAUGGCUAGUGUAAUACAAUAAGUCUAUAUCUUAAAAAUGCAAUAACCCACAGAAAAUGGGCGAGAAUUUGUUUUUUGCAAAUGGAACUUUGAUUCGAAUUUACUACAUCGGUCACUUGUAAUAUUGUUUCACACCUACAACACUUGUUAAACAGAUCUAAUUGAUAGAAAACAGAUUGAUAUUUUCUACACUAGAAACUACCAGAUAACAAGCUGCUAUAUUUAAACCAGUUAUCAAUAGCUAAGAGGUACUUAAACAAUAUUGUAAUUCUGGGGCAAUACCCUCACAAGUCAAACUGAGAGGUCAGUUUAUAGGGAAGACUGUUGCCUGGAUACAAUUCUAAAACAAUUUCCAUAUGUCCUUUGCGGACUUUGCAUGCUGGAAAAACACAGGUGCCAACUGCUGUGGCUUUCUGCAGUGUGCAGACCGGCAAGGAGGGCAGGGUUGAGGCGUGGGUGGAAGAUGAUGUGGUGGAUGAUGAGGUCCUAGACCCCUACAUGGAAUGAAGGUCAUGCGAGUGACGUGUGCAGUUUGGAGGAAGAGGCAGUGGUCACACAGAGGCACCAGCACAGCAUAAGAGGCAGCAGGGUGCAAAAGCGGAGCGGCCGUCUCCUAACGCUCAUCGGCAUGUAUUAGCUCUAGAAUUACCAGUUAUCCAAGUAACACAUGGAGCGAUCAAAUGAAACAUAACUGAUUUAAUGAGCCAUUCGCAGUUUCACUGUAGUUGCUGUGCGUGCUUUCGGCGUUCUCACCCUGUUGCUGCUCGCCUGUCUGCACUCAUAUGCAACAUGCCCACAAGGUGGAACUCCACCUUGCACAUGCUGGAGAGACUGUGCGAGCAGCAGCAGGUGAUAGUGGAGUUUCAGCUGCAGCACACACGGGUCAGUCGCUCUGCGGAACACCACCACUUCACCACUAGCCUCCUGCCUUCCGACUAUGGCCCCUGUGCUGAUAGCUGUAUUUUCCCCUUCAGAAAGGUGUGUUUGUGUAUUUCUGCUGGGGAGUUCGAGACUUUCAGUAUGUAAGUAGUGCUACCCCAGAUAGCUAUGCCAUGGAGCCUAUUCUUGUAACAAAAGACUAUGGAAAAGACUUUGGCUCCAUGGCGAUUGAACUGUAUGUAGGUGAUCUGAGCACCAUUUGGUAAUAAUGUGCGCUCAGAUCUAAGCUAUCUGGGGAUAUGUUGCAUGUAUAUGUUUUGUAACAUUGUGUAAUUUUAUGUCUUUUUGUAACCAUGUGGUUGCCUCUGUCCUGGGAGAUAAUUUGAUUACUUCCCAAUUAUCUCCAGGAUAGAGAGUAGGCAUUGUGAUGUCACUGUGGGAGUGAUUAGUUUGUAUUGUCUGUGAUUGGCUAAUAUCCAAUAUGUGUCCCAUUGUUCCAUCAGGUCCCCUAGGGGAGUGUCCACCUGGUGGACACUUGCAUAAAUACCGGGCAGGUAGCCCUCAAUAAACCAGACCUGCUUGCACCUUUCUUGAAACCUUGGCUCAUGCUUGGGGGAAGGGAUACCUACACUCUGGGGAUUGCUAUAAUCACUUACUCCCCAGAGUAAGCUCUUGUAAGAGCUUGAUUUGUUCCUGCUACGCUCUCUGGAUUUAGGAGAAGUUCACCCACUGGGAGCUGGAUCCUGGUCAUGGAUCCAGGGUGGGUGAGAGAUGGCGAGACCCCUUGCGCAGCUGCAUCACUGGAACUGGGGUCCACAGAGCUGAUGGUGUCAGUUGGAGUGCUCGGAGUCCUCAGCAAGCACUAGGAGCAUCGAUUGGCGGAGGUACUCAGUCGAAGUGCCAGCGGUCCGUCACAACCAGCAAUGAGUAGACCUCCAUGCGAGACCUGUGUGCCAUGUUGCGCUGUUUCGAGUACUCCACCAACAUGGCCAGUGCCUUACUAUCCCGCUUCUAUGGCUCCUUGAAAAAAUGCUUUGGGCGAUGAUGGAAGAGGAUGUGGCACAGGAGGAAGAGGAGGAGGAAGAGGGGUCAUUUCCAUGGUUAUCAGACUAGUCAUUCACAAGUGGCUCAUAGGCUGGAUUCCUGCACCAGAAAAGGCCAGGUACACAAUUGUCCAGCAUCUCCACACUGUCCCAUGGAAGCUGUGACGAGGCCAAUCUCGCCACUGUGCAUUGGAGGAGCCUGGUUGCCCGCCUGCUGCCUUUAGACUAUGGCCCCAUGUUGAACUGCUUGAUUUUCCCCUGCAAAGACACGAAAGCCGGGUCAUUCGGUGCUGGCCCUGUUUGAGCAGUGAUACCCCAGAUAGCUAUGCCAUGGAGCCCAUUCGUAUAAUGAAAGACUAUGGGAAAGACUUUGGCUCCAUGGCAAUUGAACUGUAUGUGUGUGCUCUGAGCGCCAUUCAGUAAUAAUGUGCACUCAGAUCUGAGCUAUCUGGUGAUAUGUUGAAUGUACCUGUUUUGUGCAAUGGCUGCACAGUUAUGUUUUUAUGUGUUUUAUUGUCUUUUGUUGCCAUGUGUUCAAUGGAGUUUUGCCUCUGUCCUUGGAGAUAAUUGGAUUACUUCCCAAUUAUCUCCAGGAUAGAAGACUCUGUGGAACUGGUUUUGGGCAGAAAAGCCAUGCUUCCUUUGGUCACAAAGGACUACGAUUUAUCUUUUGAACCACUGGACCAAUUUGGAUGAUUUUGACAUAUGUUUGUAUUUGGAGUAUGCCGAUUCUGAAAAUAUUUUAUGUGAAUGUGAUGCAUACUUUUCAAGUUAUGAAUAAUGUGGAAAAAUUGUAUUUCUCUGCUUGUGAUAAUUACAUUACCCAUUGUGUAAGGUAAUUGUAUCACAGGCAGAGGGGAGGAUUUUGUGUGGGAGUGUCUGAGUGUAUUGUAUGUGUUUAUUGGUUGUGUUCCAAAACCCUGUGGGUUGUACUAAUGUGUAUAUAAGAACAAUAAACCCACAGCUCUGUCUGUUCACUGCUUGACCCUCAAAACUGAGCCUUGUCUCGUUCUUGGGGGGAUUUAUUGUAUGUUGUUCCAGUUUGACUGCUAGGAGUGUAAUUCUAUUUGUAUGGUUUUUCCUAUUCAGCUGUUUACAGCAUUCGUAUGGUUCCGGUUCGGCUGUUUACGGCAUUCAAAUGCUUUUCCUGUUCGGCGGAUUGGGGUUCUGCAGUAGCUGUGCCUGUGUCUCUGGAAGGGAAGAUCUACUAAACGUCUUUUAACCCCCUUUUAUGCCCGGGGAGCCGUUACAGAAGCGUUCAGCUGUCCAUUUCCCAAACACUAGAGAGAAAGAGGAAGUACCCCCCUACUCACCUGCGAUCCCUGGCCCUGAAUGCCAGCAUUUCAAAAUUCCUGUCCUUCAAAUGCUGUCUUUCCGUCUGGUGGAGACGGACAGUUUUAAAAACCUGAUGGUGUUAUUGGACUGCAAGAAAUGCACCGCAGGCCGUAAAUGUUUCUUUUUUUAUAUGUCCCAAAAUUUUGGGGGCUACCCCAAUAAUAAAAAAAAAAACCAAACAAAUAAAAAACAGUGUUGGCUACCUCCUCCUCCUACACCGCCGCUUCCACCUACACCGCCACGGUCACCACCUCCUCAACCUAUGGGUCACUUAGUAUAAACUAUGUACACAAUAGCAGAGGCUUGUGAAGGCCUUUUCUCCAUGCAUCAGGAGUUGAGCUCAGUUUGAACAAUGAAAGAGAAUACCCUGCACUCCAACCCUCUCUCAAAUGGAUAAUUCUGGUGAUCCUCCUGACAGCCAUGCUUUAGAUUUUGAUUUAUGUUCUUCCAAAGCUAAAAUCAAAGAUUCUAUCUAGUGCUAUUUUAUGGCUCAGCUGUAUAUUUUAAGUGAUUUCCCUAUCCACAUUUGUUUGCAGGGCACUUGUCCUACUCUUACCCCCAUUUUACUUCCUUUUGCAGCCCUCUAGCCCUUUCCAGGACUUUUUUAUAGACAUUUUAGUGCCCAAAAGUUCGGGUCCCCAUUGACUUCAAUGGGGUUUGGGUCAAGUUCGAGCCCGAACUCUUUUUUAUGAAGUUUGGCCGAACUUGGUGAACCCAAACAUCCAGGUGUCCGCUCAACUCUACCCAAUACACCAUUUAGUGCAUAUUGGCAAACUCUACACUUUUCCCCUCCCAUCAUCUUAUCGUUGGGGGCGAUUUUAAUGCCACAAUGGCACCGACGAUAGAUAGGCGGAGAGCCAAGACCCCCUUACAUAACCAACAUAAAUCUGGUUAUAUAGAGGGGGGCUAAAUUUGAAAAACUACUCCAUUCUUUUACAUCACAACUGAACCUGAUACAUGCACAACACCCGACAACCCGCUAUUACACUUUCUUCUCCCACACCCACCAAUCCCAUUCUCGUAUAGAUAAUUUUCUGGUUUCUCCCUCCCUUCUGAAUAUGGUCACAUCAACCAAUAUAGGCUCUAUUACGUGGUCAGACCAUGCUGACAUAUCUUUGGCAUUCUCAAUCCCCAACGUAGCGCGCCCAUGGUCUGGGCGCCUCAACCACACGCUACUACACAAUCCCUCUGUUAAAGAAUCCACCCAAAAAGCAAUAAAAGAUUAUUGCACUCUCAAUACGGACUCAGUAACAUCCAAAAGCACACUAUAGGCAGCGCACAAAACCGUAAUAAGAGGCACCUAGAUCAGCUCAGCUUCAGCUGAUAAAAAGAGAAACUUAGCACACUUGGAACACACCCUAAAAGAACUCUGCUCCUUGGAACUCAUGCAUGAAUAAAGCCUGACUCCCGACCUGAACACUCAAAUCUCUCGCUGCCAAAACCAUCCAAUAGACCAAACAACUAUUUUAUGAAAAAUCAAGCAAAGCAGACACACUAUAAGCCCGCAGACUGAAACAACGAACUGCACACAAACACAUUGACAAAAUUACGGAUCCCGAUGGACAAACUCGGGGAAAGCCAGACCAAGUAGCCAAAGUUUUCCAGGACUACUCAUCUUUAUAUGACCACAACCCAACUACACGCCAUAACCCUACCACGAUCACAGACCUUACGGACCAAUACCUAAACUCGAUAUUGUUACUUUCACUCACUCCUGAUGCAGCAAAACUAAUGGCUGCAUCAGUCUCUGUAUUCCUUGACCUUUGGCUUGACUCCUGACUAUUCUGAUAUCUCCAAUCCUUGACUCGUGGCUUGUUCAUAGUUUAUGUUUUUUCUACGUCUUGUAUUUAUCCUGUCUUGUGGUUUUUUCCUUUAUACGUUAAGGCACGGUAAUACGUCUUAGGAGUUUUCUUCAUAUCUACUUAAGUUCUGCAUGUUGGGCAUCAGCUAUUGCUGACAUUACGACAGGGCCAUGGACCCUGCAGACUUAAGUAUUCAGGUAAUCUAAGCUGGAGGAACAUGAUCAUCGCAUGGAUCAGUUUGCCCUGGCCUUUUAGACUUUAUUGGCUCGCACUGCACACCUCCAAGUAGAGACACCAUCUGUCCAGACUUCACAGUAUCCAGUGGUCAAAGGGCUCCGACUAUAAGCCUAUCCCCUCCACCUAGAUUUAGUGGUGAUUCACAGGAGUGUAGGGGUUUUAUAAACCAGAUAGAGAACCAGUUUGAGGCAUCUCCUGGUUCUUUCCCUUCUGACAGGGCUAAGAUCGGAUACUUAAUGAAUCAGCUAUCCGGCAAAAGCUCUAGCCUGGGCUAAGCCCUUAUGGGAGAGUGGGAGAACCGUAGCUCACAACUACAUGGAAUUCAUCACUGAAUUAAAGAGAUCUUUUGAACCCCUUGGGAAAGGUAAAAAGGCAGCCAUGGCGUUAAUGCGGAUAAAACAGGGCAAUAGAUCCGUUGCGGAUUAUGCCAUAGAAUUCCGCACGCUGGCGGCUGAGGUUGAUUGGACUAACAGUGGUUUGGUAACCACUUUUUCGGAAGGUCUCUCUGAGGCUUUAUGAAAAAGUGGCUAAGGAUCUUCCGGAUUUGCUGGAAGACUAAAUCCUAUAUAUGAAGGAUAUAGAUGACCACCUUAGACAGAGGGCUAAAAACUAGGACACGGACUGUCCACACCCCUGUUCCCUCAGCCUCUCAUAUAGCUCCAUCUGCUCCUGCAGUUGCCAUCGAAACCGAACCUAUGCAACUGGGAGUGACGAAGCUGUCAGAAGCUGAGGGUUUAUGCCUGUAAUGUGCUAAAAAGGGACAUCUGCGUCUAAAUUGCCCAAUACAUCCGGAAAAACCUCAGCACCUAAGCACCAUUAGAGAAACGGCCUUAGGUGUUAUAAAAUUGUCCUCUACCUUGCCUCACAACUGAUUCCUACUUUCUGUAGUAUUAUCGUGGGUUGCUCAUAACAUACAUUGUAAAGCACUUAUCAAUUUAGGAGCUGCUGAAAACUUAAUUGACAAGAAAUUUGUGAACCCGUGAGGGAGAGAUCCAUACCUUUUGGCCGUUGAGGCCAUAGAUGGUAGACCCCUUCUGACACCUCUUAUAACCCAUGAGACCCUUCCAUUAUCCUUGUCUAUUGGAAUACUGCAUAGAGAAAACAUAGCUCUACAGGUUAUUUGCACUCAUUCAUGUCCUGUCAUUCUUGGGUUUCCCUGGUUGGUAAAACACAAUCCGGUCUUAGAUUUGGUUAAGGGUGAGAUUCAUUCAUGGGGUACUACCUGCAAUGAACAAUGUCUUCUCCCAGUUAAACCUAUAGGUCGUAUCAAUGUACCCACGACGGCUCCCUUAUCCACAGUGGUCCCUCCGCAAUACAUCCAUGUUAAGGAAGUAUUUAACAAAACCAAUGCUGAGACGUUACCCCCGCACCGACCUUAUGAUUGUGCCCUUGACCUUCUUCCAGGCACUAUCCUCUAUCCCCCAUGAGAGUGAAAUCAUUGAAGAGUAUAUCCAGGAUGCUCUUGCCAAGGGUUUCAUACCUAGGUCUUCCUCUCCUGCUGGUGCAGGAUUCUUCUUUGUGUCUAAGAAAGAGGGAGACCUGUGACCGUGCAUCAAUUAUAGAGAUCUUAACAAGAUCACUAAAGGAACGUAUAUAUAAUUCCUCUUAUCACAGAACUAUUCAAUAGACUCAAGGGGGCUACUGUGUUUACGAAAUUAGACCUCAGGAGUGCAUAUAAUCUGUCAGGAUAAAAGAAAAUCAUGAAUGGAAAACCGCGUUUAAUACAAGGAGUGGACAUUACUAAUAUCUUAAUGCCUUUUGGAUUGUGCAAUGCACCGGUGGUUUUCCAAGACCUGAUUAAUUAUGUCUUAAGGGAAUACAUUUAUUCUUGUGUUCUAGGCUAUCUAGAUGACAUCCUCAUUUAUUCCCCAGACAUUACUGCCCACUACGUCCAUGUAUCCCAAGUACUUACUACUCUAUUAUAGAAUGGUUUAUAUUGUAAAUUAGAGAAAUGUUUAUUCCACCAGACAGAGGUACAGUUCUUGGGUUACAUUAUUUCAGCCAAGGGUUUUGAAAUGGAUCUCAAAAAACUUCAGGCGGUCUUGCAAUGGCCCAGACCUAAAGGUCUUAAAGCCAUCCAAAGAGUCAUUGGUUUCACCAACUAUUACCGCAGAUUUAUAAAGUGAUUCUCCACGGUCAUAUCUCCCGUUACUAGUCUCACACGUAAAGGGGCUGAAACCCAUGUCUGGCCUCCCGCAGCUCUGUCAUCCUUUGAGCAACUGAAAACACUCCCUUCAACAGCCCAGAUGCUCAUGCAUCCUGACCCUUCCAAGGCUUUUGUAUUAGAGGUUGAUGCUUCGGAGACAGGGGUUGGAGCUGUCCUCUCUCAACGUGAGUCCCAAGACACUCCACUCCAUCUCCACUCCAGGCUUCUUCUCUAAAAAGGUUGCCCCGGCAGAGGUUAAUUAUGAUAUAGGGAACAGGGAAUUAUUAGCUAUAAUCCUCGCAUUGCAAGUGGAGACACUUGGUAGAGGGAGCUAAAGUGUCCAUAAUGAUUAUAACAGACCACAAGAAUUUGACCCCUUGUAUGUGAGGCUUUCAUCUAGACAGGCUAGAUGGUCCUUGUUUCUUUCUUGUUUUAACUAUAUUAUCACAUAUAGGCCUGGUUCUCAUAAUACUAAGGCUAAUGCCUUAUCAAGACAGUUCGAAACCAACUCUGAUUGGGAUCUAGAAGUCGUUCCUAUCAUACCACCAGAACGUAUAGUGGCUACCAACAUAUUAACCAUGUCGUUCUCAUUGAUGGACAAGGUGCAUAAUACUCAACUCCAGGCUCCUGACGACAAACCUAACAAUAGAUUGUUUGUGUCACCUACAGAGAGGACUGCAAUACUCUCCUUGUACCAUGAUACCAAGUCAGCCGGCCAUCCAGGAAAUCGUAAAAUCUUGUUCUCCAUAUCUAGACCGUUCUGGUGGCCAUAUAUUUUGGAUAGAUUAUGUCCAAGCAUGUACCGUUUACGCUAUGACCAAGACCCCUUGUAAACUAUCGUGUGGUCUCUUACAGCCACUCCCUGUUCCUGAAAAUCCUUGGUCCCACAUUGCAAUGGACUUCAUAGUAGAUCUACCACCAUCCAAGGGACAUACUACCAUCUUAACAGUGGUAGAUCUUUUCUCGAAAAUGGUCCAUUUAAUUCCUCUCCAUAAACUGCUUACCUCUGCUGAGUUAGCCCAUAUCUUUAUUAAAGAAAUACAGAUUCAGGGGUUGCCACAAGAAAUUGUAUCUGAUAGAGGGAUACAGUUUAUUUCACGAUUUUGGAAGACGUUUUGUUCUGAACUUCAUCGUAUAACCCCCAGACCAACGGGGCUACAGAAAGGGUUAACCAAUCUAUUGAGGUCUUUUUGAGGUGUUUCAUAUCACACAACCAUGACAACUGGUAUGACCACUUGCCUUAUACUGAAUUCGCACGUAAUCACGCUACACACAACGCCUCCCAGCAUUGCCCUUUCUUCAUUACAUGUGGUAGACCCCCCUUUGUUUUUCCUUCUCAGUUUCAUGAGACAGGAUUACCCGCUCUUGAUUGCCACCUUCAUGAUCUUCAAGAUAGAUGGAAGCUUGUGCAGCGUACUUCCUCUCGUCAUAAGACCUAUGCUGACAAACGUCGCUCUAUAGCACCUAGUUAUGUUGUUGGACACAAGGCUUUCCAUAUAUACUGUUACACCAGGCGCAAUCGUUACACCAGGCGCUCGUUUCGUCCUUCUCCUGUGUCCGUUGAUGGCCAAGACGAGUAUGAGAUUCAAUCGAUUGUAGACUCCAGGUGGUCACGGGGUGUGUUGCAGUAUUAGAUUCAUUGGAAGGGUUAUGGGCCGGAGGAGCAUUUCUGGAUUCCUGCCUCCGAUGUCCACACAGCUCAUUUGCUGCACGCUUUUCAUGUCCAGUUUCCCAAUAAGCCAGCCCCUUCCCUCCCGGUGGGCGGUUUUCUGGGAGGGGGUACUGUCACGCGUGCAUCGUUGUGGUGGCAUUCCCACACACUAAAGGGAAUGCCGCCGGUCUCCUAACUGGCACAUCUUGGUCUGACGGCAUUCCCACGUGGUUAUGGGAAUGCUGCCUAUCACUCACCCCAAGUGGUGGCUCCUCCUCCUCUCACAGAGGCUGGGUCUGUAAACAUUAGAGAUGCCGGCCUCUGCAGCUUUGAAGAAUUUAAGGUUUUUUUCUGUUUAACCCUUAAAGUGCCAGAUCAUAUUUAAUCAUGUAGGUGGAUCACACUCACGCCCAUGAUCACAUGCUUCCCUGCAGCCAAUCAGGGAGCACCUUAGACUGUAUAAGCCUGUUUUGUCCAUUUCUCUGUGCCCUGUCGUGGUUUCCAUUGUGGUUAUCCUAGAGCGUGUUCCUUAUAUUGAUUCUUGUGUAUUUGACCUUGGCUUCCCUUUUGACUAUCUGAUCUCUGUAUUCCUUGACCUAUGGCUUGACUCCUGACUAUUCUGACAUUUCCAUUCCUUGACUUGUGGCUUGUUCAUCGUUUCUGUUUUUUCUACGUCUUGUCUUUAUCCUGUCUUGUGUUUUUUUUCCUUUAUACGUUAAAUCCAGCCAUUCUAAGGCCCUGGUAAUACGUUUUAGGAGUUUUCUUAAUUUCUACUUAAGUUCUGUGUUUUGGGCAUCAGCUAUUUCUGACACUGGUACACCAAGAUCAACAUUAGAUGCACCUUUGACCUCAUAUGGGCCGUCACAAACAGAUGCAUCCCAACAUUGUUCUUAUCCUUCAACAUCAAAAAGGCAUUUGAAAGACUACUCUGGCCCUUCUUAUUAGCCACCCUCCGCAAAUUUGGCUUCCCUCAGACCUUCAUGGAUGUACUGACCACCCUGUAUUCCAAACCUACAGCUACGCUACUACUUCCCCUUACCACUCCCCCAUCCUUUGAUAUCCGUAAUGGCACUAGACAGGGAUGCCCUCUCUCCCCUAUUCUGUUUGCCCUAUCCCUAGAACCACUUUUACAGACAUUGCGAAACACCCAAUAAUCUCAGGCAUACAGAUCAGGGGAGAAACUUACAAAACUGCAGCUUAUGUGGAUAACUUUUUAAUCACCAUCACAAACUCCAUGAUGGUUACUUAUGUGGAUAACCGUUUAAUCACCAUCACAAACCCCAUGAUGAUUACUUGCCACUUGGUCACAUUCCCCAUGGGAUUAGAGGGGGAGAGAGAGGAGAGGGAAUGAGAGAGUGUGAAUGGGGUUUUCAUGAAGGGUAAGGGGGAAGAACAAGAGAUGGAAGAGUGUGAGAGAAAGAGAGAGUGAGAAAGAAAGGGGGAAGAGAGGAAAGAAAGAAAAGAAAGAAAGAGAAGAAAUAUAUUUUAUACAAGGAAAGAAUGAAGGCAUGAGGAGGGUUGGUACUGAUAAUGAUGAUGGUUCUAGAUGACUUGUGCACUUAUCUCCGGCUAUAAGCUGACCAUUGACAAGAUGGAAGCCCUUCCCAUACACUUAGAUCCCAAUACUUAAUACGAUCUGAAACAGAGAUACCCCUUCACAUUCCAAACCACUAGUAUUCACUACUUGUAUACAUCUACCGACCUUACUCAGACAUACCGACUCAACUACAUACCACAAUCUCAAAAGGACUCACAGAACUAAAAACAUGGACCGCACUGUCCACCCUAUCCAAAUAUCUGUACUGGACUUCAAACUACUGCAAACACAAAUUGACAAAUUUUUGUGGGCAAACAAAAGAGCCAGGAUCAAAAGAUCAUGCAGCACAACUAUCCCCUAUGCAAAACUUAUACGCCCCAGCUGGACUCAAGAGAUGGGUAGAUUUAGAACACGACAUUGUAAAAUGAUCUACCUUCACUCUGCAUGUGGGUACCGAAGCUUGCCCCACCACUCCUUCCCCCAACAUCACCAGCCCUGCUCCUCUCCAUUAGGACUUAGGACAAGCAAGCCCGCAAAUGCUCCCCAUGUCUAUGCAAUACACUAUUCACCCCAGGCCUGAACUCUGACAAUUUUGCCCAAUUUGGACACAAUGACCUAGUCAGACUGCACCACUUUUACAGAGACAACCAAAUUAUACCAUUUAACGACUUACCGAGAAACACCCCACUCACCACCUUUGACCAUUUCAGAUACCUACAAAUAAAAAGCUUCCAAAAUAUCCCUGACAUUAAAAAAGUAGGUUCCACCCCCUUCACUUCCUUUGAAAAAGCAAGCAUGGCAUGUCCUGUCCGAAAAGGACAAAUCUCUAUGAUGUACUCCCAUACCACCCAGGCCAACACAGAGGGGGAGAGAGAGACCUGGGACCCUCAGAAAACACGUCGGACUGGGGAGAUAUAUGGGAAACCACGGUCACGAUAUCCAUUUGUGUCAACCAUAAGGAAAAAGUCUACAAAACCCUAUUGAGAUGGUACCUCACUCAUCUCAGGUGGAAGCAGAUGUACCUUUUCCCCCACAUUCCUUCCAGCACAGAUCCAUGUCUGUUCUGGACAUGGACAUGUGCCGGAAGGGAUGUGGGGAUAAAGGCACUUACAUCCACAUGUGGUGGAAGUGCACGGAUAUACACCAACUGUGGCUUCAGGUCUCUCAACUGGUGUCCACAAUACUCCACACAACCAUACCCAUGGAUACGGCUCCUCUCCAAACCACACAAACACACACCAGAGCACAAAAUAAACUCAUAGCAAAGAUUGCACUAGCGGCCAGGCGUGCAGUGGUGGAAAGAUGGGGAAGCCCCGAAGUCCCCUACAUAGACACUAUAAAAAGAGGCAAUGACAAUGGAUAAACUCUCCGCCCUAAUCCACAAUACCACAAAACAUUUUAACAAAAUGACUCUUGGAUCUAUGAAUUCCCACAGCCCAUUAGGGGUCUGGACUUGAUGCAACGUGGGGGACUCUUCCCCCCUCUCUCUUCUUUUCUGGAAAGGUAACCUUUCUACGUCAAAAACACAGAAAACACUCUUAUACUCCUACUGCUACUCCUCCUAAUCAUCAGUACCCUCCUCAUGCCUUGUAUAAAAUAUAUAUUUUUUCCUAUUUCUUUUUCUUUUCUUUUCUUUUCUCUUCUUUUCUCUUCUUUUCUUUUCUCUUCUUUUCUUUUCUCUUCUUUUCUUUUCUCUUCUUUUCUCUUCUUUUUUUCUUUUUUUCUUUUCUUUUCUUUUUUCUUUUCUUCUCUUUUAUUCUCUUUCACACUCUUCCAUCUCUUGUUCUUCCCCCUUACCCUUCAUGAAAACCCCAAUCACACUCUCUCAUAUUCCUCCUCCUCUUUCCCCCCCUCUAACCUCAUGGGGAAUGUGACCAAGUGGCAAGUAACCAUCAUGGCAAUACAAAAUGAUUAAUACAUCGUCCAGCAGUAGUUGCGCCCCACAGUGUGUGAAAUAAUACUGUAUACAAAUAUACUGUUACACCUGCGAGUAUAAUCUGUAUUAUCUGAAUAUAUUGUCAACUUAUGACAAAACAAAUGCUAACAAUUCCAAGAUUUUACUAUUAACAUGACGUAAAGUCACGAUUUUAUUAAUGACACGGAGGCGAAUAUUAUGCUUCUCUUUUUUUAAUUUUCCCUCAGCAGCAAAGAGAGAAAUGAAUGUAAAAGAGAAAAAAAUAGCAUAUCAUUAACAUAUAUACAUAUUCAACAGUGCUACUAAUAGGAACCACCCCCCUUCAGUAUAUAAGGUGUAGCACUCUCUUCCUCUUCCUCUUUCUGUAGCGAUCCGAAGACCAGUCAAAACUGAACAAAAAGCUCUGAACCGAAACUGUAACAUCGGAAAAGUCGUACAUCCCUUACUAGGGGAAAACGGUAAAGCCGACCUUUAAACCUCUUCGAUCACUCCGACAUGGGAAUUCAGGCUAAAAGAGAGGAGAAAUAUGGUAACAUACCCCAGCAUAUCUAUUGUUCUAUCUAUCUAGAUCCGGAUAAAAAUCAACGUCAUAACAUCCUGACAUGAAAAACAUACAAACUUAAUGUAUAACCUAGACUAGGCAUACAGUCUGACAAUAUUAUGCUAUUUUAAAGCUGAGCUAUAAUCUUAUCAGAAAAAUGUUCUAUAGGUCUAAAGUAAAAGUUCCGGAAUGUGGAUUCCGUAGACCAAUCUGCAGCCUUCAAAAUGUCUUCCAAGCGACAUCCAGCCGCCGAUGCUUUAGAGGCCAUAGCACCCCUGACGGAGUGGGAUGAGAAUACCGAGACAUCGAUCCCAGCUGUAGCUAAUAGCCAUUUGAUCCAACGUGCGAGUGUUGGAGUAGAUACAGAUAGAUGUGGUUUCUUCGGGGAGGUGAACAGAGGUCCGUCAUCAAAUGGCCGUAGAGUAGAGGUGCAAGAAUCGUAUUCUUUCAGGCAUGAUAUUGGGCAUAGGUUGGGUAAACUCGUGAUUCUCGGAUAAAAAACCUGUUUAGUUGCUGAUUUUGUUCUCCGUGAGAUAUCGAAUGACACUCCCUCCAGAGUGAACGUGCGGGCCCGCCAGUCCAAGGCUCUUACGUCUGACACUCGUUUACAGGAUAAUAGGCAGAACCGCAUAAGCAGUUUUGCCGAUAAUUGUUUAAAGGACAACUCUAGGUUAGAGGGCCAGCCAUCUAGGAGUCUGAACACGCAGUUGACAUCCCAGAAGGAUCCGUAUUUGGAUGUAGGAGGACGUGAGAAGCAGACACCCUUAAGCAGACGACAGACUCGUAAGAGUGGCCACUCCAUAAGCAGGUCGCUUUCAGACGCUGCAAUGCUCGGUAGUGGAGCGGGCCUGGAAAAAUCGCCUGGAUGGAGGCCGCCAACAGUCCAAUGACCCGUGCCAGUUGGCGUAAGGAGAUGUCUGGCUGAUGCAUAAGUCUCCUUAUCUCUUUCUUGAUGUUGGACAUCUUUUCCGCCGGGAGGCAUAGGAUCUGUAGAACGGAGUCGACUCGGAAUCCUAAGAAUUCCAUUUGUUGUGAGGGAAUUAGAACCGAUUUCUUCCAGUUCACUAGGAAGCCCAGGUUCUGGAUAAGAUGUAAGGUCCACUUUAAAUGAACUAGCAGUAGGGACCUUGUCCCGGAGAGCAGGAGGAUGUCGUCCAAAUAAAUGAUAAGGCAGACUCCGUGUAGUCUGAGAAAAGCCACCACUGGUUUGAGUAUCUUUGUGAAGCACCGGGGGGCGGAGGACAGACCGAAGGGAAGGCAUGUGAACCGCCACUUCUUUGUUCCCCAAUGGAACUGGAGUAGAUCUCUGUGUAUUGCCGCUAUCGGGACUGUCAGGUAUGCGUCCUGCAAGUCCAGUUUGACCAUCCAAUCUCCGGGAAGGAGCAGGUCUCUGAGGCAAUGUAUACCCUUCAUCUUGAAGUGCCGGUAUUGGACAAAGGCAUUUAGGGGUCGUAGGUUUAUAACCGUGUGAACCCCGCCUCCUUUUUUUGGCACUAAAAACAGGUUGCUCACAAAACCUGGAGUAUCUAGAGGGAUUUCCUCUAUGGCCUUCUUGGUCUGUAAUUCUCUGAUCUCCGCAGAGAUGAGGUCGAGGUGUGAUUUUGGCAUGUGGAUUGCCCUUGGGGGAGUGCCCUGAAUGGGAAAAGCUGUCAGUUCUAGGUGGUAUCCCUCUACCGUCUGUAACACCCAACUGUCGGACGUGAUCAUAGACCAAGCCCAAUAGAACAGGGCCAGUCUGCCCCCCACAUUUAUAUGGGAAAAAUGGGGAAAAAUGGUACUCACCAUAAGGGCAUUUUCCCGUGGGUGUUCCUCGACUGCCGCGGGUAUGCCAAGGCGUCCUCGUGAAGGGAAGAACGGGGUGUAGGACCGUUCCUGAUUCGGCCUCUGGGGGUUGAAGGAGCCUCUUCCCGGUCUGGAAAAACCCCGGGGGUUGCGGCCGGGUAGACGGCUCCUACCUCUACCGGCCCCGCCAAAAACCUUUGGGCUAAACACCUGUUUGAUGGAAGAUUGGGCUUUGUCCAAAGCCGUAAAGGUCUUGACAUAGGAGCCCAGGUCCUUCACGAAGGACUCUCCAAACAGUAAGCCUUUCGCAGAGGCACCGGGUUCAUUGGGGGCCAUGCUCGCAAGCUUGGGCUCUAACUUUAGCAGGAUGGCCUUCCUGCGCUGGUUGCCAAUCAUGCAUACGAGGCGUUGGAGCCAUCCUAACGCCACCUCAAAAUCCAGUUGUGCCUCGCCCGACUGAGCUGUUUCAAGCAAUUCGUACAGCUUGGUGACCAGGCCCAGAGUGUCGAGGAACUUGUCCCGACAGUUGCGUAGUGAGUAAUCUAGGCCCUUCUUGGGCUUCCAACCAGUCUUGGCCAGAAACUGCACAAUUUGCGGGUCAACUUCAGGGGUUUUUGCCACUGCAUCAGGUAUGAUAGGUCGGGGCACUCUGCUCUCAGUUUGUUACGACCCUCUUGUGAGAGGGAUUUGCAGACUCUGAGAGCCAGGUAUUGAACGAUGUGCUCAGCGGGCUCCCAUUCAGCGGAGCGAGGGUGCCUGAGAUUGUCUGGAUCAAACGCAAGGGUAUCCUUUGCGUCACGGGUUGACUCUGCCUCAGGAGUCCCCGACUGUACUUUGGCCUGAGCCGGUCUAGAAGGGAAUUGUGUUCCCGGGAGAUCCUCAUCUCCUGAGGUCUCCUCCCCGUAGGGAUCUGAGUACUGGUCAUCUGACCCUUCCUCCCCAUCCUCGUCUGAAUCAGACAGGAAAUCAUGGGCCCGUGCCCGUUUCCACUCUCUGGCCGCCGUAGCCCGGCCAGUAGCUCUAUUGCGCGGUUGUUGCGCGCCAUCACAGACUGCCUGAGGCGUGUCAAUCAAGCCAGGCUUUACCUGGGUGUGGGGGGGUCAUGAGCGUGUUUGCGCUUGCCUAGCGCCUUGCGUCCUGAGGUAGUCCCUUCAGGGGAAGUAUGAGACUGUACUAACCCAGAUUGAGCAGGGAGGGCCUGCCUAAGGGCCUGGGAGAUGGACUAUGAAAUACUGGAGGACAUAGCUCCCAUGGCAGAGGAGAUGGCCUUACUGAUGGAAUUGGACAUAGUGGCGUCCAGGAGGCUUUGGAAAUCCUCAGAGCCUAUGAGGCUAGGGUCAGCCUGGGGAUCAGAGCUUGUGGUGCCCCUAGGGGGGGUAGGGGGGUCAGUUAAAUCACCACUAGCAGACUGCAUGAUAGCAGAAAUGGAGUAGGCAAUAGGUAUGAAAGAAAUAAAAAAGAAGGUGCUGGAUUGCUUAAUCCAAGCACAGGACAGAGUUGCAGACAAAAUACCCGGGUCCUGUGUGGGUGGCAGGAGCAGUGUAGAGUGUAGCCUCCACAUAACCGAAAACCGCAGUAGAAGGUGACUUAAAAUGGCCGCCGGCACGUGCGGCGACAGAAAACCAAAAAGAUGGCCGCCGCGAGUGUUGGGGAGGAGGGGUGGGGGGGACACGGGAUGGACCCGGUCGGUAUAGGGAGGGAGCCAAGGCAACCCAAUAACGGAGGGGAAUAGAAACAGCCCUGGACCCACUCCAGGACCCAGGAACAUACAGAAUAGUAACACAGUAUAAAGGACAAAUCUACAAGUGUAGGAAAAGAACAGUAACAAACCCUUAUUAGCAAAAGGGGAUAAUAACUGUAAAUUCAAGUGACAAAAAUAUGGAACAAGCAAGAGAAUAAAAUGUACUUAGCUGGUCUGAGGGAGCAGCAAAGGAAGAGGAAGAGAGUGCUACACCUUAUAUACUAAAACGGGGUGGUUCCUAUUAGUAGCACUGUUGAAUAUGUAUAUAUGUUAAUGAUAUGCUAUUUUUUCUCUUUUACAUUCAUUUCUCUCUUCGCUGCUGAGGGAAAAUUAAAGAAAGAGAAGCAUAAUAGGAGCCUCCGUGUCUUUAAGAAAAUUCCAAUUUUUUAUAUUCUGUAUCCUUAUAUAACUCAUACCUAAAAUUCUUGCAUAUAUGAUAUGUUAAUGUUGCAAAACUACAAAAUAAAAAAAAGGGGGAUGUUACCUGAAUUGCUUGUUAAACUAAAAUGCACUCAUCUUCUCUCUUUCUGUUAAAACUUAAUCUCUAUCUCUUAAUUUUAGAUAAUUUUUUUCAAAUUUCUGAGUAAAAGUGGUUGAAAAGGGAGGCGACUUGAAUUGUGUCUCAAAUUAGAUUAAUAUUCAAAUAGUAAAUUAAAAUAUAAUUAUAAAGAAAUUUAUUUUCUUUUCCUGUUAUGGGAGGGGGAGGGGAGAGGAGAGAGAGAGAAGGAAAAAUAAUCUUUUUAUUUAUUUUCAUUUUUCCCCUUCUCUUUACCCCUCUCUCUCUUUUCCUUUCCUGAAUAGUGUUUUGGGUUGACCUAUCUAUAAAAUCAUUUUAUUUAGAGUGGUAUACUGUGACAGACCCUCUGUCCCUGGUUUUGUAACUGGGAAAAAACUGUUAGUUUAAACCAUUCACCUAAAAUGAAUGGACCUGUGAUUAUGCUAAGAUCCGUUCGUUUCACAAAUUUUCAGCUGAACGACCGACCACCCAGAACAGAGUUGUGGCACCUAUUAACCUCCCUGACCUGCUUAACACCUCUAAAAUCACAAACACCUCAACGUUCUAAUUGAUCAACAGAGUGGUCGGCGUUCGUCUGUACAAACACAUGACGGCGGCCAUUUUGUUUAGCUGAACAUGCUCAGCGGUGCUUGGUCGUCGAACGCGUGGAACUAUUUUCGGCUACACUUUCCACGAACACAGCUGAAACUUUUACCUUCCGUGCGUUGGCUAAAACCAUAUGAACGGAGCACUAUUUCUGGAGCCUAAACUCACGAACAGGACACAUCCAAUGACAGUAGGCAUGAACGGAUCUGUUCAUGCAAUUGGUACUUUAUGUGAAGGGAAAGAUAGACCGACCGCACAGCCUGAAUAUGUGGAACUGCUUUGGGCAUGAAAACAUGUGUGUGGUCGGUCAAAUAAGAUUUUCAGCUAACGCCCGAACCACUGGACCGAUUCAUCUGAAUUUAGGAUAUGUUUGUUCCCUGUUUAUGCUGGUUCAGAACAUGUGACUUUUAUUGGAAUUACAUGUAUAGUUUUAGAGCUUUAAAAAUUGAGAAAAAAAGUUGAUUUUUCGCUUGGAGAUAAUUGAGUUGAUACAGCAAUUAACUAAAUUAUCUCCCAAGCAGAGGGGAGGAAUUUACAGUAAGAAAUGGGAGUGUGUAACUGUGUGACUGUACGCUAUUGGUUGUUAAGUUUAUAUUUUCAGUGGCCAACAAUGUCCACGUGGGUGGUAACCUUGUUGGGAAAACUUGUAUAAAAGAAAGGCUGGUGUGCUCAUUAAAACAGCACCCUCAAUCUAGAGUCUUGUCUCAUGUUGGGGGAAACUGCUAUACAGCUAUAACACUAGCUCUUUUAAGAGCUUCUCAACUUGGGUGACUGCUGGAUGCUGAGAAUACCCCUCAAUCAACGGAAGAAGGACACCCUCUAGCGGUUGGAACCCCUCUACUCACUGAGGUAACCGCUACAUAUACCCUUCUUGUUCAUCAUUUUUUCUCCUGCAUCUUAACCGUGGAUUGUGGUUUCUUUUUGGUCAAUAAUUGCCUCGGGCAGGCAUUUUCUUACCAAGGGCUGAAGGAAUUUUAUGAUUUUCUCUCUGUAGCGAAGCUCUAAUCCUGACAAGGACUUUUCUCUGCUGGAUCCGUGAUACAGGAACUCUGGAACAAGGUGCUGUGAAAUGAAUAGCUCUAUCCCUCCCCAGUAACUGGACAACACACAGUUCUCGGACUGCAACCAGCUUUAUUCACCAAAACUCAGCCUUUAAUGCACAGAAAGGAAGAAAAUAAAAGAAGGUUGCGCCUUAAUAAAAUGGAAUAUACCAAAGUAAAAAUGACAGAAAAUAUAUAUACAAUAAAACAAAUGUAGUCCAAAUACACUAGUGUAUAUAUAUAUAAUAGGUAACAAAUCUUGAAGGGAACAGCCAGACUGGAUAAGAUCAAGGAUUCUCGGAAGUGGAGUACUUGUAAUUCCAGAGGUAUAUGGAAAACUUAAACGAGAGAACUCCAAUGGUACAAUAUAGUAUAGGGAGUAUUUAAAAAUUUAUAUAAAGUCAGUAUUACUCACAUUUACCAGAGCUAUAUCCAGGUAUGUAUAGUGUGAAGUGGAAUGACCCCCACUUCUGGGAUAUAUGUGGUAAAUAAACACUUCAGAUGUAUUGGCAAUGAUAAAGAUUCCAAACCGAGAAGAUAAAAAAUGCCAAAUAUAGUGCACACUGUAGAAAUAAAACCACAAGAUGAUAUAUAGUUUUGGAGAUGUACUCACAUUCGUUUGAGCAGACUUACUGCUCGAUGGAUAGGGCGCUGGUGGUAUCCCCACCUAGGAUUCUUUAGUCCUCUUUGAGAUGGUAAAUCAGGAUUCCAGAUAGAAGAGAUAUUUGAAAAUUCCUUUAUUGGUAAUAAAUAAAAAUAUCUACAACGCGUUUUGCCUUGCAAGGCUUCUUCAAGUAGACACAAAUGAAAAAAAUCAACCUGGCAUCUCAUAUCUUAUAUAAGGAACGAAUAGCAAUUAAGCUGUUUGAAUUUGGCACCAUAGUGACGUCAUGAUUGAUUAUAUUGAAUUGAUUAUAAGACAUGUAAAAAAAGACAUAUAAACAAACCAUUUGUAAAUAAAAUAUACAGUACAUUAUGGUAUAUUGCAGAUGUAAAAACUAAGCUUUAUUCUUUAGAUUAAUACAUUUUCCAGUAGACCAUAUUACGUGUGUCAUUACUUCUGCAUCACGUGACGCGCGGCGUUACUUCCGUGCCACGUGGUUAUAUUGUUAAUGCGCAUGUGUGAGGUGUUUGUUCACUAUGCAUAAUCUGUACUUAGCAACACAGAUGAGAGGCGGAAUAUGGCCGGUGACAUGCCUUUCAUGCUCAUAGGCAAGCCACAUCAUUAGAGAGAAAUUCUGAAUACUUCCGUAUCACGUGAGCGGACUUCUGAGAAGAGAAGAAAAAAGAAGUAUAAACAUGCUGCAUAAUAAUUAUAUACACACAUAAAUAAAUGAGUAAUAUUUGAGGAGUGAAUAUAAAGGGCAAUAUUAAUAGAUUAGUUAUUAAAAAGAAUAAAACCAUAGUGGCUAGGCAUAAUUAUAUAAUCGUUCUACAUUAUAAAUAUAUACAAUACACAUAUAGGUAAAUAAAUAGUCCUUAUGAAUGAAAUCUAAAAGAGAAUAUUAAUAAAUAUUUGUUUAUAAUUGAAAUAACAUCAUGAUGGCUAUGCAUAGUUGCAAUAAUCACUAAGAAAGAAGUAUUAAAGAUAACAUUUAAAUAAAUUAAAAUUAAAAUUAAAAUGUAAAUAAAAAUAGUAGAAAUAAAAAUAGAAAUAAAGAUAAAUAUAAAAAUUAAAUUAAAAUUAAAUUAAAAAAUAAUAAAUAAAAAUGAAUAAAUAGAAAUAAAAAUAAAUCUAAAUAGAAAUAAAAGUAAAAUAAAAUAGAAAUAAAAAUAAAUAUUAAAAUAAUAUUAAAAUUAAAAUAAUAAAUAUAGACAAAUAAAUCUAAAAAUAAAAUAAAAAUCAAUAUAGAGACAAAAAUAAAUAGAAAUAAAUAUAAAUGUAGAUAUAAAUAGAUUUAUAAAAAAUUAUGAAGAUCAAACUCUAUAUUGAGACCUUGUGGGGAAAGAGUUUUUUUAAGUUAAAAACCCAUUCCAUUUCUGUACUUCCUAAGAUUUUUUUAAUAUCACCACCUCUCCAAGGAAUGUAAAAUUUUUAGGGUUUUUACCAUGUUGGAUAAAAUGUUUAGACACUGAGUGAUUUUUUUUUUUGUAUCCUUUAAUUAUAUUUCGGCAGUGUUCUGCCAACUUUAUUUUCAAACAACGCGUAGUCAUACCUACAUACUGUAACCCACAUGGGCAUUCUAAUAAAUAUAUAACGUUCCUAGUAUUACAAUUUAUAAAAUCUUUAAUUAAAUAAGAUUUAUUUGUGUUCGUGGAUUUAAAAUAUGUACUUUUAAAUUUAACCUUACAGUCAGUAAUCUUGCAGACUAUGCAUUUAUUACAUUUGAAAAAACCUUUAGGUUUAGUUAAAAAAGAGGGAAGGCAGUGGGUAGUGCAAAUCUUUGUAAAAUUAUUAGUGAGUAUAGAUUUAAAAUUAGGUGCCCCUCUAAAAACAAUGUUUAGUUUGUCAGGAAUAAUUGCUUUUAGAAUGUCUUCUUGUUUUAAUAUUUGCCAAUGUUUGUUAAUGAUUUUUUUUCACAAUAUUGCUUUUAUUAUUAUAAUCAACAACUAGAAAACCUACAAUUUCUGGGGAAAUUGUGUGAAGUGUUCUUGCGUCCACCAGUAGUCUACAACUGGAGUGGGCGGAGUAACUCCUAUCGUUUAUAUAGCACAUUUAAUUGCAACGUUGUUGCACAGUUACAUUAAACCAUACAUUUAUAAAAACAUUAGCAGGUGUUCAAAAGGCCCUGUCUAUGACAUCACUUGCUGCUGCAGCCUGGCACAGGUCAGAGUAUUUACAGCGAAGAGCUUUAUAUUGUGAGAAUCACAAGACCCAGACCUACAUUUCGAUGCAUAGUAUGUCUCUGACAUAUUAACAAUGAAGGCACAGUCACAGUUUAGAAAUUGCCCUUCAAGUUUGAGCUGGCUUGAGUGACGUUUCAAUGAAUGUCAAUGGAAGGCGUGAGUUGCAAACAAAUGGUCAUAUUGUGAAAUCUAUCAGGACUAUGGCUUAGCCGGGGACAUUUCUAGUGGCAGCAGGGUUAGCGGAACGUUUUGAUAUAAGAUUUGUGUAGGUGGGCUUGAAAAUGAGGGAGUGGUGGCAGUUUAGAAAUCAUGUCCUGAUUUUUCAGCUUUUGCCAGCUCCCACUCUAGCUUUGCCAUUCAUUCCUAUGGGACAUAUUUCGCCACAAGAACGACGAUAUUCCGUGAACCAUUCGGCGAAACGUUCCACAAAGUAAUAGCAAUCCGAUCGGGAACAAUCUGCACGUUUUGGUAAAUUUUUGUCUAUGUAGUGUAAAAACUGUGGGAGGAGUUAGGGUGGCAAAUUUUGCUAUAAUAAGAAUAAGAAUAAGAAUAAUAAUAACUAGAAAGCUACAAUUUCUGGGGAAAUUGUGUGAAGUGUUCUUGCCUCCACCAGUAGUCUACAACUGGAGUGGGCGGAGUAACUGUUAUCGUUUAUAUAGCACAUUUAAUUGCAACGUUGUUGCACAGUUACAUUAAAAAAACCAUACAUUUAUAAAAACAUUAGCAGGUGUUCAAAAGGCCCUGUCUAUGACAUCACUUGCUGCUGCUGCCUGGCACAGGUAAGAGUAUUUUGGCGGUUGCCAUUUUCAAACUGUCGUAUUUUAAAAACUAUAAAUCCUACAGUGAAGAGCUUUAUAUUGUGAGAAUCACAAGACCCAGACCUACAUUUUGAUGCAUAGUAUGUCUCUGAAGUAUUAAAAAUGAAGGCACAGUCGCAGUUUAGAAAUUGCACUUCAAAUUUGAGCUUUGUAGAGUGAUGUUUCAAUGAAUGUCAAUGGACGGCGUUAGUUGCAAACAAAUGAUUAUAUUGUGAAAACUAUCAGGACUAUGGCUUAGCCGUUGACAUGUUUAGUGGCAGCAGGGAUAGCUGAACGUUUUGAUAUAAGAUUUGUGUAGGUGGGCCUGAAAAUAAGGAGUGGUGGCAGUUUAGAAAUCAUGUCCUGAUUUUUCAGCUUUUGCCAGCUCCCACUCUAGCUUUGCCAUUCAUUCCUAUGGGACAAAUUUCGCCACAAGAAUGGCGAUAUUCCGUGAACCAUUCGGCGAAACGUUCCACAAAGUAAUAGCAAUCCGAUCGGGAACAAUCUGCACGUUUUGGUAAAUUUUUGUCUAUGUAGUGUAAAAACUGUGGGAGGAGUUAGGGUGGCAAAUUUUGCUAUAAUAAGAAUAAGAACUAGAAAAGUUACAAUUUCUGGGGAAAUUGUGUGAAGUGUUCUUGCCUCCACCUGUAGUCUACAACUGGAGUGGGCGGAGUAACUUAUCAUUUACAUAGCACAUUUAAUUGCAACGUUGUUGCACAGUUACAUUAAACCAUACAUUUAUAAAAGCAUUAGCAGGUGUUCAAAAGGCCCUGUCUAUGACAUCACUUGCUGCUGCAGUUUGACACAGGUCAGAGUAUUUUGGCGGUUGCCAUCUUCAAACGGUCGUAUCUUAAAAACUAUAACUCCUACAGUAAAGAGCUUUAUAUUGUGAGAAUCACAAGACCCAGACCUACAUUUUGAUGCAUAGUAUGUCUCUGAGGUAUUAAAAUUGAAGGCACAGUCACAGUUUAGAAAUUGCACUUCAAAUUUGAGCUUUGCAGAGUGAAGUUUCAAUGAAAGUCAAUGGACGGCGUUAGUUGCAAACAAAUGAUUAUAUUGUGAAAACUAUCAGGACUAUGGCUAAGCCGUUGACAUGUUUAGUGGCAGAGGGAUAGCUGAACGUUUUGAUAUAAGAUUUGUGUAGGUGGGCCUGAAAAUGAGGGAGUGGUGGCAGUUUAGAAAUCAUGUCCUGAUUUUUCAGCUUUUGCCAGCUCCCACUCUAGCUUUGCCAUUCAUUCCUAUGGGACAAAUUUCGCCACAAGAACGACGAUAUUCCGUGAACCAUUCGGCGAAACGUUCCACAAAGUAAUAGCAAUCCGAUCGGGAACAAUCUGCACGUUUUGGUAAAUUUUUGUCUAUGUAGUGUAAAAACUGUGGGAGGAGUUAGGGUGGCAAAUUUUGCUAUAAUAAGAAUAAUAAUAACUAGAAAAGCUACAAUUUCUGGGGAAAUUGUGUGAAGUGUUCUUGCCUCCACCUGUAGUCUACAACUGGAGUGGGCGGAGUAACUGUUAUCAUUUACAUAGCACAUUUAAUUGCAACGUUGUUGCACAGUUACAUUAAACCAUACAUUUAUAAAAACAUUAGCAGGUGUUCAAAAGGCCCUGUCUAUGACAUCACUUGCUGCUGCAGCUUGACACAGGUCAGAGUAUUUUGGCGGUUGCCAUCUUCAAACGGUCGUAUCUUAAAAACUAUAACUCCUACAGUGAAGAGCUUUAUAUUGUGAGAAUCACAAGACCCAGACCUACAUUUUGAUGCAUAGUAUGUCUCUGAAGUAUUAAAAUUGAAGGCACAGUCGCAGUUUAGAAAUUGCACUUCAAAUUUGAGCUUUGCAGAGUGAAGUUUCAAUGAAUGUCAAUGGACGGCGUUGGUUGCAAACAAAUGAUUAUAUUGUGAAAACUAUCAGGACUAUGGCUUAGCCGUUGACAUGUUUAGUGGCAGCAGGGAUAGCUGAACGUUUUGAUAUAAGAUUUGUGUAGGUGGGCCUGAAAAUAAGGGAGUGGUGGCAGUUUAGAAAUCAUGUCCUGAUUUUUCAGCUUUUGCCAGCUCCCACUCUAGCUUUGCCAUUCAUUCCUAUGGGACAAAUUUCGCCACAAGAAUGACGAUAUUCCGUGAACCAUUCGGCGAAACGUUCCACAAAGUAAUAGCAAUCCGAUCGGGAACAAUCUGCACGUUUUGGUAAAUUUUUGUCUAUGUAGUGUAAAAACUGUGGGAGGAGUUAGGGUGGCAAAUUUUGCUAAUAAUAAUAAUAAUAAUAUAUAUGUGAGAUAACAUUAAGUGGUCUUGCUAUGCAAGAACACUAAUAAUAAUAAUAUAUAUGUGAGAUAACAUUAAGUGGUCUUGCUAUGCAAGAACACUUAAUAAUAUAUAUGUGAGAUAACAUUAAGUGGUCUUGCUAUGCAAGAACACUUAACUAGAAAAGUUACAAUUUCUGGGGAAAUUGUGUGAAGUGUUCUUGCCUCCACCUGUAGUCUACAACUGGGGUGGGCGGAGUAACUGUUAUAACCGAGCUGGACUCCCUAUCAGGUAAGACUCCGUUACAGAUGAACUGACCAUGGAGUCUGCAGAGUUAUACAAGUUACUCACCUCCCUGGCCGAGCAAGUCUCCAACCUGUCCCAGAAUGUUACAGAUUUACAGAGACAUUCAUUGGCAUUUAAAGGAGCAACGCUUCCAGUCCCGGAACAUGUACACCCAGAACCGUAUGUCUUUAUGCCUGACAGGUUCGACGGUUCCCGUUCUACUUUUCCGAUGUUCAAGACGGAUUGUGAGCUACUAUUUGCCCUGAAAUCAAGAACCUACGCCACCGACUUUAUCAAAGUACGCUCCGCUAUUAACCUAUGUAUCGGGCGGAUUAAGGCGUGGGCACACCAGAAGCUACAGGAGAGAAGUACUGUCUUGGACUCCUGGGAGUUGUUUAUGUCUGCAAUGGAUUCUCAGUGUUUUACAGCAAGAAAAGCAACUUCCAAGCCUAUUUCUGGUUCUCGCAGAACCCGGUUGCCUAGAGAAGAGGAAUUAUUUUAUGGAUACAAAAAUCCCAUUUUGUUACAGCAUGAACCCGCUUUCAGGGACCCGCCUUGUAAUCCUGUUUACACUCGAGCUAGCAGUGAAACUCCAGUCGACAUGGAGGAACCCAUGGAGAUUGGCUUCACCAGAACUAGAUUGCCCCCGAAGGAAAAAGACCGCAGGAGAGCCCAUGGUCUAUGUCUAUACUGUGGGAAAAGAGGGCAUUUCAUAUCGCUCUGCCCGACUCGUCCACUUAGGACAAGACCCCUUCUGUCUGGUGCCAUAUGGACUUACCCUGUCAUCCCAGCAAGACAGCCUGGACACUGCCAGAACUGUCCCCGUCCUGUGACACAAAAGGGUACCCAAACCAAUACCGUUAAUGUUACCAGUACCUCUGUGGAAACUUCACCUCUUGCUCUAGAAAAAUUUGGACCUCUUCCUGAUAACACUUCUGUUCAAGCAAGCACCAUCACCACCUCCUGCCUUGCCAAAACAGUUCUGCCUCCUGACUGCACCUAUGCCUCAAAUGGCACAGUUGUGUGUAAACAAGAUCUAGAAAUAUUCGAAAAAGCUUUGAAAGCUGCAAAUGCCUCCCCUAUAGCACCCGAAACUGGUACCAUAAAGUCCCAGUCCGUAGACUUUGAUUACAAAGACUAUCUUAGUGAUACUGAUACCGAAGAUGAAGAGUACCAUUUCCAGGAAGAGCCUGUUCACGCCCGGAGGGCGUUCUUGACAGGGGGGUACUGUCACGGUCCACGCCGUGACAUCCAGUCUGCCAGACGUGGUCGCUCUGGAAGCGCCCGAUGGGGGAUUUGAACUGUGGUUCUUCUGGACCAUAUCCUGCUGUUCUUCCUCUGAGCCAUUUCAGGACUUUGGAUAACUCCCUGUUUAUUCUUGUAUUGCCUGCAGCACCAGGGGGCUGGACUUCACCAAAGGCUCUGACCUGUCAGUAACUCUCCAGCUGAAUCUGAUCCUAAUUAACAGGAUAUAAAAGCCUGCCUCACCCUGGGAGGGGUGUCAGUUCAUUGACUCUGGUUCCCUUGUUUGGUUCCUGUUACUCCGUACCUGCGUUCCAGUGAUUCUUGUCUAUUCCGGCUUCUGACCUUUGCUUUCCUCCUGGACUACUCUGACCUCUGGCUUCCCUGAUUUUGGCUUCCCUUGACCACGCUUCUGCUUAUCCCUGCUGUACUGAGUCUUGGAGCACCUUUCCUGGAAAGCCCCCGCGCACAGACUCACAGGCCAGGUGGCGUCUUACCUGGUCACCCUGGUCUGUGUCUACUUUGCAAGGGUGAGCGUAUAACUCUGCGAGCUGGACUCCCUAUCAGGUAAGACUCCGUUACACUGCUGCAGCUUGACACAGGUCAGAGUAUUUUGGUGGUUGCCAUCUUCAAACGGUCGUAUCUUAAAAACUAUAACUCCUACAGCGAAGAGCUUUAUAUUGUGAGAAUCACAAGACCCAGACCUACAUUUUGAUGCAUAGUAUGUCUCUGAAGUAGUAAAAUUGAAGGCACAGUCGCAGUUUAGAAAUUGCACUUCAAAUUUGAGCUUUGCAGAGUGAAGUUUCAAUGAAAGUCAAUGGACGGCGUUAGUUGCAAACAAAUGAUUAUAUUGUGAAAACUAUCAGGACUACAGCUUAGCCGUUGACAUGUUUAGUGGCAGCAGGGAUAGCUGAACGUUUUGAUAUAAGAUUUGUGUAGGUGGGCCUGAAAAUGAGGGAGUGGUGGCAGUUUAGAAAUCAUGUCCUGAUUUUUCAGCUUUUGGCAGCUCCCACUCUAGCUUUGCCAUUCAUUCCUAUGGGACAAAUUUCGCCACAAAAACGACGAUAUUCCGUGAACCAUUCGGCGAAAUGUUCCACAAAGUAAUAGCAAUCCGAUCGGGAACAAUCUGCACGUUUUGGUAAAUUUUUGUCUAUGUAGUGUAAAAACUGUGGGAGGAGUUAGGGUGGCAAAUUUUGCUAUAAUAAGAAUAAGAAUAAUAAUAAUAAUAUAUAUGUGAGAUAACAUUAAGUGGUCUUGCUAUGCAAGAACACUUAAUAAUAUAUAUGUGAGAUAACAAUAAGUGGUCUUGCUAUGCAAGAACACUUAAUAAUUGGCAAUGAGACAGGAUUGUCAUUAGUUUUGUUUUUGUGUUCCAAAAGGUCUAAUCUAUUAGUUUUUUUUUAAUAGCUGCUAUAUUUUCAUCCAAAUUAUUACUACAAUAAAUUUGUUUUUGAGUAAUUGGGAUUGUUCAUCAAAAUCUUACAGAUUUGAACAAUUUUUUUCUUAAACAGAGAAAUUGACUUCCCGGAAUUCCAUGUAGCCAGGGCUUAUAAUGGUAACUGGAUAUAUCUAUUGCAUUAUGACUGCAAACCUUUUUGAAAAAGGUUUUUCUGUUUAUUUCAUUGUCUUGAAUAAAAAUGUGUAAAUCCAAGAAGUUAAUAGAGGUCUUGCUGUAUUCCCAUGUUAAAACAAUUCCAUUAUUCUUAUUAAGAUAAUUUAAGAAUUUAUUAAGAGCAUUCUCAGUCCCAUCCCAAAUAAAAAACAUAUCAUCAAUGUAUCUAUAAUAGGUCACCAGGUUUGCCCUCAAUUCAUGUCCACCAAAAAUGGCCGCAGAUUCGCACUCGGCCAUAAAUAGGUUGGCAUAACUGGGGGCAAACUUGGUGCCCAUAGCUGUACCCUGUUUUUGUAUGUAAAAAGAGUCAUAGAAUUAGAAAUAAUUGAUAGUUAAAAUAGUAUAAAUACCUUGUAUAAUAAGUAUUUGUUCUUCUGGAACUUUAUUUUCUAAUCUCAGAAUAUUUUCAACUGCUGCACAACCCUUGUCAUGUGGUAUGAUAGUAUACAAGGAUUGUACAUUGCAGGUUACUAAAAAAUAGGACUCUUUCCAAUUAAGUGUUUAAAAAUCUAAGGAGGGUCAUGGAGACCUUUAAAUAGGACUCCAUGUUUUUGACUGACGGUUAUAACAAAAUGUCCAAAUAUUCAGAUAGAUUAGAUAAAAUUGACCUGAUGCCUGAGACAAUAAGCCUUCCCGGGGGGUUUGUUUCAUUUUGAUGUAUUUUUUUGUCACAAGUUUUAAUGCACAGAGCCCCAACAUGGGGCCUCCAUUCAAACCAACACAAAUCCUUGCCAGGCAUCCCUGUGUCUAGAAGAUAAUUGAGUCAAAACCUAGUAACUCAAUUAUCUCUCAGUUACAGGAAAUCCAACAUAAGAAAUAUAUAAAACAACCCAAAAAUACAGGCAUGAUACACAGGAACCCCACAAAUCUUAUAUCCCUGAAUAGCCCGGAUCUGAGUGCCCAAGUUGUCCAAAUAGCGCUCACGUCGAUAUGCAUAGGAUGAGGUAGAGGCACAAAAUAUGCCUACGCAGUCAUUGUAGAAAACACAAAAAGGUUAUACCUGAGCUGCAGAGGCUCUCACUGUAGUCCUAAGAGUGUAGUCAUCAAACAGAGAAAGAAAUAGAGUUCUGCACAUCCAGUAUAUUUGUUGCUACCCAGGUGCUACUGCAGUUUAUUUGAGGACACAGUACAAACAGACGUUUCGGGCACAAGCCCUUUUUCAAUGCUAAUGUAUUAAAGUAUACAAGCAACACAAGCAGUAUAUAUACAUGUAAAACAUGCUUAGAUCCAUUCAGUAGAACGGAAUCAUCAUUCAGGUAAAGUUCUGACCGACUGGCCAUGAGGUGGUGGCCCAAAACAGUUCCAAAGAAAAGGAGGCAACAGCCAGUCAGCUUUCAGGAGUUCCUGGGCGAACACCAAAGAAUGCUCCCCCUGGCUUUUAGUGUCUUUCUCCCGAACAGUGCUCUCCUAAUUUGUCUGGGGGCGGAACAGACAAUGGUACAGUCUUCCCUAGGUUCGCGUAGCCAAAAAGAGUUCCACACGCUCAACAACAUGUACCGCUGCCUGCGUUAGGGAGACAAAAUGGCUGCCAUUCACUAGCGCACGUGUGUACGGUUGUGUCUGGGAGUUCCUGUGCGAACACUGACAAAUGCUCCCCCUGGCUUUUAGGGAGCAAAUGCUCCCCCCAGUCGGUAGUUCCUAUCUCUCAAACGUUGUUCUCCUAGCUGGUUGGGAAGUGGAACGGGCAGUGGUACAGUUUUAACCCAGGUUUGUGGGAUCGCGCAGCGGAAAAGACUUCCAUGUGUUCGACGUCCAUGUACCGCUGUGUAGUGGAGCUGCAAUAUUAAAUCCCAAGAUCUCUGCUGGUAAAGAAGGUAAUCCAAAGUAAAGCACUGGCAAUGAAGGCAAUAUCUAAAAUCCCCCAGUAAUCGGACGAAACACAGUUCUGGGAGUCAACUGACAAUUUUAUUCACAGCUCCAGUAUUUAUGUGAUUCCCCAUGCAAAGGGUUUCCUUAGUCACUUUACAGGGUGUGGCGAAACCGGCCUCGCCACGUGUCCUUGGAGGGGGCUGCUUGCCCGCCUCUUGCCUUUGGACUAUGGACCAGACUUUAUGAGAAUGUGUUAACCCAGAUAGCUAUGCCAUGGAGCCCAUUUGUGUAGUUAAAGACUUCGGCUCCAUAGCAAUUGAACUGUGUGAAUAGGAUCUGAGCGCUCUUCAGUAGUUUUGUGCGCUCAGAUCCCAGCUAUCUGGGGAUAUGUGAAAUGUCUGUGUGUUAUGUGUAAAUGUGACUUUAUGUAUUUUAAAGUGUUUUGUGUCUUUUUGCAACCAUGUGCUUAAUGGAGUCUUGUGUCUAUCCUGGGAGAUAAUUGAAUUACUCUCCAGGAUAGAAGACUCUGAAACUGGUUUGGGCCAGAAAGCCAUGCUUCAUUUAGUCACAAAGGACUUUUUACUAACUUUUGAACCCCUGGUCUGAUUCAUGUGCCAUUUUUGAAUAUGUUGUUCCCCUGAAUGGAUUGAUUGUGAAUAUGUAAUUUUAUGUGAAUGUGAUGUAUGGUUUUGGAGUUAUGAAAGUUGGGUUGAAAGUAUGUUUUAACUGUAUGUAUAAUUGAGUUUCCUCUCAGGAUAAGGGGAGGGAAUAUGUGGGAUGUAACUGUGAUGUGAUUGGUUGUUUUGUAACGCCCUGUGGGCUGUACUAUGUUUGUGGAUUGGGAAUAAAAGAGACUGUAUGUGACAGUACAGGGAGUUCUAUUUUUACCCUCAACUUGAGUCCUGUCUCUUAUUGGGGGAAUCUGCUACAAGGGAUUGCUAUGCUAGGCAUAUUCCCUUGCUAUAAUCACUGAGCUCUUGUAAGAGCUUGUUCCUGCUUCGUUCUGAAGGGAGAUAGCUGCAGCCUGCGGUGCUUAUGGUGUCUGGUGGAGCGCUUGGAGUCCUCUGGAAGCGCUAGGAGCAUCUUUCAACGGAGGUACCCAGUCGGGGUGCCAGGUGAUCCGUUACACAGGGGUAUUACAGUAGAGGACUACAUGGGGAACUGAAUAUACAGAGCAUUUCUCCCACCAUGCACUGCUGUACGUGAGGGAUACUCCCACUAGAAUAUCCUGUUAAAUGGAUUAUCCCUCCGUACAGCAGAACCGGGUUUUAACACAAAAUUCUAUAACUUUAGUAUUAUUCGUGUGAUUCCCUUAAAUGACCGUUCGGUAGCUAGAUGGGGUCUGAGCGCACACUUCGUGAAAGUACCGCUCAGAUCCCAGCAUAAAUAACCGAACGCCGCACGAAACAUACUUUUAUAUCACAUUCUCCUAAACGUACCGAAUACCUAUUGGGAACGAAACUACCGAAAUACCUUGGUUCCCGAACGGCCUGGAAGUCCAGCGGUGUUCGCGCCGCCGAGUAGCCAAUUUUAGUUCCAGGCGCUCGACGACCAAACACCGCUGGGCUAACAAAGGAUCCAAGAUGUGGUCAGUAGCCGAACGACGGCCACCUAGGAAAGCAAUUAACUACCUCUGUGUGUGGGCUCCCAUUCGGUACCUUAUUCAUUUCAUGAACAGUGUCUAAAGUCACUUUUCAUGAAACUACCAAAUGAAUGCUAGCGGCUUUCGGCCGUUAGCAUACAAACACUCUUUAUUGCAAACACACUCGAAUACAUCCUUAUAUACAAUAAAAGCAGACAUCCUUCUGAUGUUAUACAGUAAGUCUUAAAGUGGCUAGGUUUGCCACAAUGCUCCCCCAGAACCAAGCCGGCAUACACAGUCUGUUCCCAAUGGAUCGGCUUGGGAUGUCCGGAGGAGUACUCACAGAUCACUUCUCAAGGUCAGUUUGUCUAGAUAACCCGUCGGCGUUACCGUUUUGCUUCCCCAGGCAGGAAUGAAUCGUAAAGUCAAAAGGCUGCAGCGCCAAACUCCAGCGCAGCAGCCUGGCAUUGUCCCCAGCCACACCAACUUGUUGUGAUCUGUGAGUAAGGAAAAAAGUUGUCCAUAUAAAUAAGGCUGCAGCUUAUUGAGGGCCCACACCACGGCGAGGCAUUCUUUCUCAAUGGCAGCGUAGCUUACUUCUUGGGGCAAUAACUUUCGGCUUAGGUAAGCUACGGGAUGUUCUCCGCCAUCUGCUCCAACUUGGCUCAGCACUGCUCCCAAUCCAAACAUUGAAGCUGUGGCGGAAACCAGCCUCGCCACUGGGCAUUGGAGAAGACUGAUUGUGACUAUGGCCCCUGGGAUGUAUUGCCUGCUCUCCUGUACUGCUGAGGAUUGCUACCAACUACGGAUUUGACUAUGGAGCUUGUGUAGUGCCCUCUGUUGGUAGCAACAGUAAUAUGCACUACCUGAAUAGCAAGACUGGUAAUUUGCAUAUUCGGGUAGAUUUGCAUAUUGCUAAUUCUGCAUGCAGGAGAGACAUUUUGUGUUAAUUAUGUUCUUCCCCACCCAUUUAUAAAUAUGUAAUUAUGUUAUAAUAAGUCACUGUAUGUUGCCUGCUAUGAUUUGACUGUUUGUAAUUUUAUUGAGUUUUCACAGCAAUUUUAAUGUAAUGACCAUAUGGGCUAGUCCCAAGUAAAAUAAAGUUUUAGACAGUUCUACUUCACCCUCAAUUUGGAGUCCUGUCUCAUUUUGGGGGAAUCUGCAACAAGGGAUUGCUAUGCUCUGCAUAUUCCCUUGCUAUAAUCACUCCUAAGAUCUUUUAAGAGCUCGUUCCUGCUUUGCUCUGAAGGAAGAGAGGUUUGGCCUGCGGUGGUUGUGGUGUCGGCUAGAGUGCUUGGAAUCCUCAAGAAGCGCUAGGAGCAUCUAUCAACGGAUGUACCCAGUCGGGGUGCCAGGUGAUCCGUUAUAUUCUCUUAAGCUCUUUUAAGAGCUUGUUCCUGCUUAACCCUCAAAGUGAAGUGUCGUCUCAUUAUUGGGGGAGGAUUUAUUGUAUGGUGUUCCAGUUUGACUGCUAGGAGUGUAAACCUAUUCGCAUGGUUUUUCCUAUUCAGCUGUAAACAACAUUCAUAUGCUUGAGAGCAUUCAUAUGCUCCUACGGUUCGGUGGUUUUGGUGUCUGCUGCAGUGCUUGGAGUCCUCAGGAAGUGCUAAGAGCAUCCUUCAAUGGAGGUACCCAGUCGGGGUGCCAGGUGAUCCGUUACAGAAGCGUCUGUGUGGACAAGAAAUUGUUUAGUUGGAUCAGGAGCAGCAAGAACAGGUGCACUGGUUAAAGCAGUCUUGAGUUGUUGGAAUGCCUGAUCACACUCUGGGGCCCAUAUUACCUGUCAAGGAAGGUUUUUGCGGGUCAUGUCAUUCAGGGGUUUGACCAGGGCACUAUAUUUGGGUAUGAAUUUUCGGUAGUACUCUGCAGUACCCAGGAAGGCUAGCACUUGGAUUUUUGUCCAGGGGGGGUAGGGCACAUAGCUACUGCUUCGAUUUUUGCUGGUUCGGGCUUUUGCUGUCCACUCCCUACCCUGUAGUGAGGUACUGGCCUCAUGCCAUUUUGUCUAGCAGCUCGUCUAUCCGGGGCAUCGGGUAGGCAUCAGACACUGUUUUGUCAUUUAGCCUCCGGUAGUCUACACAAAAGCGUGUUGUGCCAUCCUUCUUGGGUACCAGCACUACCGGCGAUGCCCAGGGGCUAUUGGAAUGUUCAAUAACCCCUAGCUGCAACAUUUCCUCAAUUUCCUUCCUCAUAUGUUCCCUGACUGCUUCCGGGAUACGGUAUGGGGUCUGCCGCAUAGAUAGCUGUCCGGGGGUCUCGACUUGGUGAGUAGCUAGCGGGGUGUACCCUGCUAAAUUGGAGAAAGUGGCUCCCUUAGCCACGAUUAACUCCUGUACCUGGGCAUGCUCCUGGGGGCUUAGCCGCUCCCCCAGCUGAACACCUGUGGAGGGCUUUGCCUGAUCUUCUCGCUCCAAUAAGUCAGGUAGCGCCAGAUUCUCCUGAUCCUCAGAAGCUGAGGCGCAUAUCACCGCCACGUCCUCUAUCCUCUCAUGGUAGGGUUUGAGCAUAUUCACGUGGAGCAUGCGUCUCUUCCCUGUCCCUGAGGAGGGGCCAAUGACAUAGGUGGUAUUACAUCUCUGUUCUACCACCUGGUAUGGGCCUUGCCAGAUGGCCUGCAGCUUGUCAUUGUGAACAGGUUUUAAAAUCAAGACUUUCUGUCCCACUUGAAGACUUUCUGGCUCCCCGAUCAUACCAUCGGCGCUGGCGUUGUUGAGCCGCCUGGAGGUUGACCUGUACGGUCUGUGUUAGUGCCUCCAAGCGGUCCCUGAACUCCAGCACAUAUGAUACAAUGGGUGUCUCAUCUGUACUACUUUCACCCUCCCAGUGCUCCCUAAUUAAAUCUGAAGGCCCUCGCACCCUUCUCCCAAACAGUAGUUCAAAGGGAGAAAAUCCCAUAGACUCUUGGGGUACCUUUCUGUAUGCGAAUAGCACAUGGGGUAGGAAUCACUUCCCAGUCCUUAUGGGCCUCUCCAAAGGUACGGAGCAUCUGCUUUAAUGUCCCAUUAAACCUUUCACAUAACCCAUUAGACUGAGGGUGGUACGCAGAGUCCACGAUAGGCUUAAUGCCACAUAUUCUCCAUAGUAGGUGGGUCACCUCGGCCGUGAACUGCGUACCCCUAUCCGAUAUGAUCUCCUGGGGGAACCCCACUUGUGAGAAUACUUUCAUUAAGGCCUCGGCCAAUGUCUCGGCGUGGAUAUUGGAGAGGGCUACUGCUUCAGGGUAUCGGGUGGCGUAGUCUACUAUGGUUAAGAUAUAUCUCUUGCCGGAGGGACUGGGCUUUGGUAAGGGUCCUAUUAUAUCUACGGCCACACUACUAAAUGUUUCUUCUAUGAUGGGCAGUGGGCAUAACUUGGCCUUGUGGUGGUCACCCCUCUUGCCUACUCGCUGACAGAUGUCACAUGUCUGGCAGUACUGCCACACAUCCUUGGAUAUACCCGGCCAGAAUAAGGCGUGGGUCAAGCAGUAUCGAGUGUGAGUCAUCCUCCGAUGCCCAGACAAGGGGAUGUCGUUAGCGAUCCAAAGAAGUUCCUAACUACUAGCUGUCUAGUAGUCACAUUCACAGAUCCCCCCACUACCCUUUCAGCAAUACGGUACCCCUUUUCCCAGGUAUACCGCUCUCCCUCUAAUCCGGCCUGGUUGGAGAUCACCCUAUCCCUGUACACUUUUAACAUAGGGUCUAUCUUAACCUCUGCCUCAAAUUCAGUCGGGGUAUCCCAGGUAACACGGGUCGUAGGAGGGUCACUGUCUCUUACCUGAGCCUCAGAGUGCGUUGAUGGAGCCGUGGUGUGAGCCUGUUGCCUUGUGGUUACUGGGUUAGCCUCUUGGAGUGGAGCUUGAGGUAUAAAGGUGGAAGUCAUUCGGCCCAGGUCAUUCCCCAAUACGACAUCUGCCGGCAGCUUCUGCAUCAGGCCCACCUCUACCAUCCCUUCCCCAACACCCCAAUUCAAGUGUACUUUUGCGGUGGGUAAUCUGUAUACGGAUCCGCCAGUAUGUGCUGAGCCUGGAACCAAAUUAGGUGCUACCAGAGUCAGAGUGGCCCCCGAAUCCCGGAGCCCUUGGACCUCUCUCCCUUCUAGGGUUACUAGUUGGCGAUGGUGUUGCCUGUUGUCUGUGGCUUGUACCGACAUCACAUCGUGUAGUAUCCCCAGGGGCUCUUCUGUCUGAUUAAAGAGUAUCUCCUGGGUGGCUGGCUCCGCUUGGUAGUGGUGGGUUGCUGCUCUUGGUGCUGGGUUCGGCCGUACUUGUCUCCAUGCUUGACGGCUCCGGUUCUGGGUACACUCUCUCACCAUGUGGCCCCAUUGUUUACAUGUAUGGCACUGGAUAUUCGCUCUGCCAUUAUAUCUGGAUGGUGGAGUGUGCCCCCCCGGGGUGGCCGGAAUGGGGUUGCUGUAGGGGUAGCUGUAUGAGGUUGAGCGGUGGGUCGAGGGUACCCUCGGUUGAGGUUACUGUGAUGCCUCCUGGCGUCAUAGUGCUGGUUGGCUAGUCGUACAGCUUCUGUUAGGGUGAGGGGUUUUCUAUCUCUCACCCAUUCCUGUGCCUCUGGGGACAGGCCAAAUUGUUCCAACAGCAGCAAUUGCUGGAACUCCUCCAUGGUGGUUGCUUUACUGGCUUGUAUCCACCCCUGGGAGGCUUGGUCCAGUUUGUGGGCCCACUCUGCGUGGAAGUCUGUGAAGACAACCCUGGUGUCUUUAAGAGAAACCGCCGUUUAGUUCACCUUCCCCUUUUGCAAUAUCAGUAAUCCAUUCGCAUAAACUGUAAUCCACAAACUAUAACCAGGGGAAGCAUCAAUCUCCCGACUGGGAUCCGUGAAGGGCUCCAAACUCCCGAACGGAAAUCCACGAACUGCUGCUAGCCGCCGAACAACGAUAUCCACCAAGCGGCUUUCGGUUCCAAUCAGCAGUCUCUAAGCGUAAAGAAGAUAUCCCCCAAAUAACGAGACAGAAGCUCCGCAUUGAGGGUCAAACAGGAUCUGGCUUUAUUGUGGGCUACCUGCCCGUAUUUAUGCAGGUCUCGCACUUGGUGGACACUCCCCUAGGGGACCAAUAGGGAGACUGAAAUGACAGACAGGGGGACAUUUCAGACAUACAGUUACAGGUUUUUCCCACAAUGCAAUAUGGUCUCCUCCCCUCUGCCCUGGAGAUAAUUGAGAAGUAAUUCAAUUAUCUCCAGGACAAAGACAAAUCGCCAUCUUAGAUACAAAACCAGAAUAUACAUAAAAAUACAUAAUUUUAAAAUAACCAAACAUUUCUUAUUCGCAUCACAUAUCCCCAGAUAGCCUGGAUCUGAGGGUAUAUUAUUGGCGAAUAGCACUCAGAUCCCACACACAUAGUUCAAUCGCCAUGGAGUCAAAGUCCUUACAGUCUUUCGGUAUGCCAUUGACUCCAUGGGAGGGCUAUCUGGGUUAAGUCCUUUCAUGUGUUUCAAAACUCCCGAACGGCCGGUGUUCGUACGUUUUCGUGGAGGCAGCCAGGCAUCCCGUUGAUUCAGCGGUGUUCGGCAGAAAAAGUGUCCGUUUUUAGUUCCAUGAAAAUAGAGCCGAACACCACUGGGCUUUCGUGUGUUUUAAAAUGUCCGCUGCCUCGUGGUCGACAUACGAAUGACGGCCACCCUGAAUUCGGUUUAAUUGAGAAGUGUCUGCGGUUAACCACAACGUUCUAAUUGGGAUCAAUAGGUUAACCAGCAGCACACUUCUCUCCUGGGUGGCCAUCCGUUCGGUAGCUUUGUUCGGUGAAAAACAGUCAUUCGUAUGGCUGGGCUAUAGGAAACAGCCAUUUACACGAAAGUGCAGGAAACAGACGAAUCCACCACAAUAGUCAGACACUAUGAAUCAUGCUAGACAAUUCAACAAAAUACUGAGGAUGAACAGUUUGGUAGAUGUAUUGCAGGUAUGGCAUCCCCAGAACAUGGACUAAUCUUGUUUUCACCCUCACAUCAAGUGUAUUCCAGGUUAGAUUACUGUGGUGAAACCAACCUCGCCACUGGGCAUUGGAGAAGCCUGCUUGCCCGCCUCCUGCCUGCUGACUAUGGCCCCUGGGAGAUUUGGCUCUUUAAAUACAGUAUUUGGGCAUAUUGUAUUUUAUUAUGCUGCUGCUGGCCCUUUAAGAACCAUCUGGGGACAUACUGUGACUUUUGGGAACAAUGCCCCUUUAAGACUAUGGCCCUUGGAAGAUAUUGCCUGUUAAAGACUAUUUUAGCAGAUUGGAUUUUAAAAGACUUGCUGCCCCUUUAAAUUGUAUUGGAGCAGUUCUGGAGCUUUAAAUUGGCACUUCGGAUGCAGCCGAAGUAGUCGAAGUAGCCGCCAUUCGACAAACGAACACGUGGCACCGGCCAUCUUUGUUCAUUCGAACGAGGUCAGCGGUAUGUGUAGCCAAAUCCAUGGAACUGAAAUCGGCUACACAUUUCAAUGAACAUCGCUGACCCUUAACUUCUCCUACACUCAGUUUUCAGCUGCAGAGACUAAGUCCCAUUCGGCAGUUUGAACUCACUACUAUACUAAGCUAAAUGCACGAAUGGCCCUGUGUAAAAUAGACAGACAGCACAGCCCAAAUCUUUGGAACUGUUUUGGGCAGGAAAAUGUGCUUGUGGUCGGUCAUAAAGGACUUUUUAUCUAGUGGAUGGAUUUGUCUGAUUUUUGAUAGUGUUUAUAUUUAAAGUGUGCUGAUUCUUUAUAUGAAGAUUGGACAUAUAUUUCUAUACUAUAAAGUUAUAGCACAUGUAUAAAAACUGUAAUUUUCCUGCUUAUGAUAAUUAUGUUAACCCAUUGUGUACCAUAAUUAUAUCACAGACAGAGGGGAGGAUUUUGUGUAUAAUUGCUGGGAGUGUUUUCUGUAAUGUACGUGUGUUAUUGGUUGUUCUGUAAAACCCUGUGGGCAGUACUAAGUUUGUGAACUGGGAAUAAAAGAGGCUGUAUGUGCCAGUACAGUCAGUUCUGCUUGACCUCAAAACGAAGUGUUGUCUCGUUAUUGGGGGAAUUGGAUUGUAUGCUGAUUGCCAGGAGUGUAAGCUGAUGGCAUGCUUUUCCUGUUCAGCUGUUUACAGGAUUCAUAUGCUUGAGAGUAUUCGUAUGCUUCUCCGGUUCAGUGGUUGUGGUGCCUGCUGCAGUGCUUGGAGUCCUCAGGAAGCGCUAGGAGCAUCCUUCAACGGAGGUACCCAGUUGGGGUGCCAGGUGAUCCGUUACAAUUACUUUUUGGCAGAGAGAGAUACCUUAACUGACUAAAAAAAUUCUAAUCACUAGUAUUCCUUGGUCAGAUUACAAUGCAGUCAUUAUUGUCAUUAACAAUAAAUUUGUGAGAGCUAGAUCCAAUUGGAGACUCAAUGAUCAACUAAUGUAUAAAAAACUAAAUAGAUUUGAUUAAGGAUGCUACAGAUCUAUUCUUUUAAGGAAAUAACUCUAAGGAUAUUCCACUCCUAACAACAUAGUGCACAAAUAAAUGCACGAUUAAAGGAUUAUUAAUCAAAUUAGGAAGUCAAUAGAAAAAGCAAUGUGGUCUGAGUCUGGCAGACUAGAGGGAGAAAACAAAAGCGGCCCCUCAAAAGAAAUAACUGAAAACCUGAUGGCUGUGAAGAAUCGGAUCAAUGAGAUCUUAAUUCAGAAUGCAAACAUCACUUUGGACUGACUUGAAAGAAACUGGUACUAUAAAGGAAACAAAGCUGAUACAUUAAUGUAAAACAGAUUAAAAAAUGAUUCUGGUUACUAAAAUUAUCCAAAGGCAGAUAUUACUUAACCCAGAGCAAAUUUGUAUGGGGUUCCAGGAAUUCCAUUUGACCUAGUACAAUCUGCCGGAGAGGCAUUCCUCUGUAAACGUUAUACAUUUUUUUUUUAAAUAUAGUCUACCCCAGCUGAUUAAGCUAAAUGAACCUAUCUCUGAGAAUAAAGUAGAGCUUGCAUAAAAAAAAACAAAAAAAAAACUUAAAGCAAACAAAUCUUCUGGCCCUGAUGGCUUUGAUAAUUAUUUCUAUUAUGUUUUAUUAAAUAACAUUAAGGAAACUCUUACAAAACUCUUGAAUCACUUCAGCUCAAGCUUUGGGGUCCCUAGAGAGAUGUUAAAAGCUCACAUUAUAUAAAUUCUAAAGCAAAAUAAAAAGCCAGAAUAUAUAUCAAAUUAUAGACCGGUAUCUUUACUUAAUGUAGACAUCAAAAUAUAUUCUUCCAUGUUAGCUGCUAGGUUAAAUACAGUUAUGCCAUUAAUUAUACAUCAGGAUCAAGUUAGCUUCAUUGGGAGUAGAUCCUCCUCUUCAAAAGUUAGAAGACUUAUCGACGUUGAUAUGGCCCAACAGGAUGGGACACCCCUCCUGGCUACGUCUUUGGAUGCUGAGAAGGCCUUUGACAGAGUAAGAAAAGCUUUGAGAAAGCUUUAGAGGUCUUCAUGGAAAUAUUCAAUUAUACCAUGUGAUACAGAUCACCUGGCACCUCGACUGGGUACCUCAGUUGAAAGAUGCUCCUAGCUCUUACAGAGCUAUCCAAGCGCUCCACCAGACACCACAACCACCGUAGACCCCACGGAGCUUGGUUGGGGUCUCACUGUCUCCUACCCACCGUGGACCUAUGACAAGUCUCCAGGUUCCAGUGGGUGAACCUCUCCUCCAAGAGAGUGAAGCAGGAACAAGCUCUUAAAAAAGCUUAGUAGUGAUUAGCUAAGGGAGUAUGCAGAGCAUAGCAAUCCCUUGUGAUAUAGCAACUCCCCCUAGAUUGAGGGUGAAGUAGAACUCUGUUUACUUGGCACCAAAGGCCUUCUUUUAUGCAGGUUUAACACAAAGAUAAGUAGGCGGGUGAUGAGGGUGAUAAUAGGUCUCGACUCUAGUGUAGGCAAGCCACUGUACUGAGGUCACUCUAAACCCCUAUACAAAAUAAACACAAUGUCUGAACACUAGUACAGACUACAGGGCGCCACAAACACUAAGACAUAUAAUAAUAUGGUAUAGAAUAAUCCCAUAAAUGAAGAAUAAUCCGUGGAGAUAUAAAAUCCACUUUAUUAGAAAAAGUAAUACCCAAAAGUGCAACGUGCACAAUAUGGAUAAAAUAACAAUAAUAAAAAGUAAAUAUACAGCCAAAUUGGCCAAGAACCCCUAAGGAUAGCAGCUAUAAUCAUACAAGAAGCUUGAAAAAUAGUAAAGUGCCAAGUGCUGAAAUGUAAAAGUGCAAGUGUCAAUAAUAUAAAAACAGCAUAAAGUGCACAAAUACUAUAAGAUGAAAUGCUUGUAGAGAAAAGACUGCUAUACCAAAAACUGCAGGGAUCUUGUUGGUGCUCAACGCGUUUCGUCGGUGUCGACUUCCUCAGGAGCUUGCUGAAUUCCUAUUGAUCUUCUUCUUCUUUUAAAUCCGCCAGUCUGGCCGCCAUUAAUUGGUUGCGCAUGUGCAGACCGUACCGUGCGCACCGUCAUACGUGAUGACGUGCGACUGGUCGGAAGGCGCAUGCGCCAACCAAGCUGGAACGCAAAUAAACUUUAUGUAUAAUAUACACAGCCACAAAACGAGCAAAACUCCACUUGGAGCGCUCGUAGCAGAUGCGAUCUGGAUUUACAGACCUGCCUAUAUCCAGUCUAGGUUGUGUUACAUGUUUGGCAUCCUAAAUAAAGAUGCAAAUUGGGCCAGACAAAAUGGAAAUGGCCAAUAGGGCCAGAAAUCAAUAAGAUUCACUUUACAUGCAGCUGUAACGCUGUAUAUAUAAAAGAUAUAUGAAAAAUAAUAUGUACAUAUACACAUAUAUGUAUAUAUGUGCUAAAAAAGAAAAAAAUAUAAGGAAAAAAUGUGAAAGCCCAUUUGUAUCACUACAUUUGUAAUUUGAAUACAUAUAUUGCUAAGGCUAACAUAGAGAAACUAUCCUCUCAAUAUCAUAAAUAAUAAACAAUAAAUCUGUAGAUUUUAAUAAAAAGUAUCAGGUAAUCAAAUUUCAAAUAUAUCAGAAUAAAUGUUAAAAAUAAGAAAUGGAGACAAAUCCCAGCAAUAUCAACAUAAUCAUAAAAACAUAUUUAAAGGGGAAAGAAAUGAAUAAAAUCAGAAAUAUGAUAAAACAUAUAAUAAAAAUAUAGUAAAAUCCAAAAUAUAAUAUAAUAAAUCAUAAGGUAAAAGUCCCUAUAUGAUGAGAGAAAAUAAUGAUUUAUGAGGUCCAAAUAAUUUUUCUUAUUGUUUCGUUCUUCAUUGCACAAACAGGAACAAAAAUAAAUAUAAAAAUAAAAAUAAAAAGAUGUAGAAAUGAAUGUAAAAAGGGGAUAUAAAAACAACAGGUUAAUAUAUGCAAAUCAAUCUAUAAAAACAAGUAUAUCAAGAUCUGUGUUAAGGCCCGAGGGAACCGAUGAUUUCAUUUUGUAUAUCCAUUCGGUUUCCCUUAUUGCCAGCAUUUUCUCAGUAUUUCCCCCUCUCCAGUGUGGUAUAAUCAAGUCAAUCCCAAUACAUAUAAAAUCUUUCCAAUUAAAAACAUCACAGGUGGUACAGUGUUUUGGAACACUAUGUUUCAUAUUUUUAUUAUUAAUCCCAUUAAAAUGUUCAAGUAAUCUAACGAGUAAUUUUCUAAUGGUGCGUCCUAUAUACUGGACGCCACAUUUACAUUGUAAUAAAUAUACAACAUUUUUACUCUGGCAAUUAAUAAAAUGUUUUAUUUUAAAAACCUCUUUUGUAACUGUGCUCCUAAAUUCUAUAGUUUUAUUUGCCUGAAAUUUACAGGUACUGCACCUACCACAUUUAAAAAAAACGCAUAGGUUUCUUGGAUAAAAAAUGCUCCUUCUCUUUGCCCUCCUUAGGUAGUAUACUGGGUGCUAGAAUAUUUUUCAAAUUAUUAGUUUUUUUUAUAUAGCACUUUCGGUCUUAAUGGUAAAAUCCUUUUUAGAUAUUGAUCCUGCAAUAAAAUGGGCCAAUUUUUUCGUAUAGAUCUUUCUAUUAAAUUCGCCCUACCGUUAUAUUUAGUAAGGAAGGCUAAAUCAAAGUCAUUUCUAUGACUUCUAUUAUUCAUAGUUUUAUAUUUAUUUUUAUCCACUAGGAGAUCUUUCCUUUGGAAACCUUCUACCUUUUGUUGAGUUUUAAAUAAAAGAUCAUCGGGAUAAUUUCUGUCUUGGAAUUUCUUGUUUAAAAUCGUCCCUGUCAGUGCUAUUUCUAAAAAUCCUCAUAUGUUGCCCCUUUGGAAUAUUCAUCAACCAAUUACGAUUAUGGCAACUAGAGAACUCAAUGAACCCAUUCCCAUCUGUGGGUUUGAAAUAGGUCUUACUUCUUACUCUUCCUUCUUUUAUAAAUAGAGUCAGAUCUAAAAAAUUUCUAUGGGUAUCAUAAUGGGUUGUUCUUCCAAAUAUUCUGAAGUUCCCAAUCUGCCACAAAAAUAUUGGCAUAACUCGGUGCGAACCUGGUACCCAUUGCUGUUCCACAUGUUUGAAGGUAAUGAAUCCCCUCAAACCAAAAAAAAUUGUGGAACAGGAUGAACCUUAUAAGAGUCAAAAUAAAAGAAAUUUGUUCUGUAUUCAUUUCAGGGUCCUUCAUUAAAAUUCUAUGGACGGCAUCUAUAUCCUUCUCGUGGUCUAUAACAGUAUAUAAAGAUGCUACAUCCACAGUCACCCAAAGAUAUUCAUCACACCACUCGAAGUCUUCAAACUCCCUAAUGAUCUGAGUGGAAUCCUUGACAUACGAUCUUGUUUGUGUCACAUAUUUCUGAAGAAAAAAGUCGAUAUAUUGGGAAAUAUUACUAGUCAUAGAGCCAAUCCCACUGAUAAUAGGUCUCCCUGGUGGAGAUAUAAGGCUCUUAUGUACCUUUGGCAGGUAAUAGAAGACGGCUGUUUUUGGGGACGAAAUGAACAAAUAAUCAAACUCGUCUUUGUCUAUGAUCCCUUUUUUAUAACCUUCAUUUAAAAUCUCAUGUAACUUUUUUUGAAAUCACAUGUAGGGUUGCUUUUCAAAAUUUUGUAGGUGUUAGAGUCCCCCAAUAUUCUUUGGGACUCUUUCAUAUAAUCAUCUCUGUUUAGGACCACAAUACUCCCCCCUUUGUCAGCCUGUCUAAUUACUAGAUCCUUAUUAUCUUUUAAUAAUUUAAGGGCUUGUUUCUCCCUCUUAGUUAAAUUCUCUUUUUUCUUAUUUACAGAAAUUUUUUCAAACUCGCUCAUGAUCAUCUCACAAAAUACCGGGAUAUGAUCCCCCUUUUCCCAAGUGGGAAAGAAUUUGGAUUUAUUUUUAAGACCCGAGUGGAUAGUCUCUGGUUUAUGUCUUUCAUCUACAGAUGUUAUAUCCUUGCCGGGAUUGUCUGAAACAGUUCUUAGAACUGGUGUAAUGUCUUUUUUCUUUUCGAAAAAUCUUUUGAUUGUUAAUUUUCUCAAAAACUUUUGAGUAUCAAUAAACAAUUCAAAUAAAUUUGGAUCAGCUUGUGGGGCAAAUUUCAGCCCUUUAUUUAGAACACUUAAUUGUUCCGAGCGUAAGGUCACUGUGGAUAAAUUCAGGAUGCCCUCACUUAAAUUUGACACUUCGGCUGUAUCUGAAGUGCCUAUUUAAAGUUGUAACACUGCUCCAAAGUAGUUAAAGGGCCAGGAACAGCAAUAUAAAAAUCCAUUAUGCCCAAAUCAGUUCCUAGAAGGGCAAUACAUCCCAGGGCCAUAGUCGCAGGGCAGGAGGCUGGCAAACAGGCCCCUCCAAAAACCAGUGGCGAGGUUACUUUCGCCACAGAGGCUUUGCUUCAGAUUGAUUUACUUUAAAUAAUGGUAAACCAAUCAAGCAAGGCUCCCCGCUCCCUCCAUUGCCAUUUCUAAUGGUAAUUGAACUAUUGGAGAUUGCAAUAAAGAAGGACAAUCAGACUAAGGGUUUCAAGUUUCAGUGAGAUAGCAUCAAAUUUAUCAUGUAUGCUGAUGACAUCGUUCUUACUGUUGUAAGUUGUCUCAUUAGAGAGAUUUAUGAUACUUAUAGACGAGUUUUCGCUUCCUUCGGGGUACAAGUUAAAUUUAAAUAAAUCUGAUGCACUGUCGAUCAAUUUAUCUAAUGAAGACGGCAUUAGAUCAUACAUUUUGUCUAGAUUGCUAUACCGCCUCAUGAAAUAUACUGGAAAAAAGCUUACAGAGUGGAGGAAUAAUAAGAUAUCUUGGUGAGGGAGAAUUAAUAUAAUAAAAUUGCACAUAUUACCCAAAUGGGUCUAUCUAUUUAGAAUGGUCCCCUUACCAUGUUCAGACAGUUGGUUGAAGUUAGUUCAAACUAUUUUUGACAAAUUUAUAUGGUUUGGUAAACAUCCAAGAAUUGAAUCAGUAUUGUCCAAUUUCCCGUGGGAAAAUUAAUCAUUGAGAGCAAUUUUUUUGGCAGGCAGGGUGAAAAAGAAAUGGGGAUCUCGAUGUACCAUGUCCUAUGAGUCUAAUAGUUAAAAAUCUUUUGAAUACCUGUGACAUAUUUAGAGCUGAAUGUAACUUCAUUUGUAUUUUUCCUUGUGUUUCUGUGGGACUUUAAAGAUGACAGAGCUGGUGUUUUGUAAUUUGUAUUCCUCUAUGAAGCUUUUGCUUGCUGAUGUGGAGGUCACAGAGUUAGGCCUUAGGAUUUGGAUCCAGUGGUCUAAAACCGAUCAGAAGAGCAGGGGUUUGGAAAUUUUUAUUAUUGGUCUUGGGGAGCUUGCACUGGUAUAAUUUGCUAGGCAUCCUAGGGUCUCUUUUAGCUUCCUGCUUUUUCCACUUUUCAGUUUAGUGUCAUGCUGCAUCAAUGCUUAAACUCUCUGGAGGUAGACACACGUCAGUGCAUGUCCCAUUCCUUAAACACAGAGGAACUGAAAAAGGCAUCAGGUUUAGGGUUACCUGAGACAGUUGUUCAGUGUAGGUAGAUGUCUGUCAGUACUAUGCAUCAGUUCUCUGUUUUCAUCUUUCGUAGUUUCUUUACCUGCUCCUUCUGCUCCCUCCAUUUCUUCCAUGUCUCAUGGUUGUCAUUUCUCAUAGCUCAGCCCCCUCAUUUUGUUUUGGUUCUAAGGCACUCUAGAAUGUCUACUGGCUGACUUGACGGGCAAAGCAACAAAGUUAUAGUGUUAUGGAUAGACAUUAUUGUUAGUAAAAUGUCUAUUUACUGUAUGUGCCUGUGUUCAUUAUUUACUCAAAAUGGCUUCUAGAGCACCCCCUCCCAUCGACCAAAGAAUAUAAAGAAUGUCAUGUAUUAAGAUGGCGUCUCCAUCCAGAGCUGCACCCAGGAUGAUGGUGACAUCACACUUUGGAGGAAGUGCAUUAGAUAAGACACUUAACACUUGACCAAUUAAAGAUGUAUUCUCUCUGUUAUCUUGCUUUCUGUAUAUGAUGUAUUUCUACCUUUAUAAGGGGCUUACCCUUGAUUAAACAUUCCAAAGUUUUUCAUUAACCUGAAAUUUGUCUCAGUGUGAUUUACUUCAGCAUGCAUGCAUUCUAUUUUAAGCAAUCUGGAUGGGGGCAGAUACUAGAGCAAACACUUGGUUUCAUCUAAAACAAUAGUAAGAAACUGGGAAUUACUCUGGAUGAUUCUAAGGUUCGUUGAUUGGGUAUCAGAGGUCUUUAUUUUUUUCUGAAUGUUGUUUGAGGUCAAAUUGUCUUAGUUGUGCAUGCAGAUGAGAGUGACCUGGGUAGAGUUAGAGCCAUUGAUCUGAUACACUCCAUAAACAGGAGCUGGCUUAUUGCUUUGCUUUGUUUGGCAGAAUCAACUUAGAUAAUUUCUCAACCAGCCUGGGGGGAGUUCGCUGGGUUGGCAGUUUCCAAAAUUAGUUUCUAAGUUGAGUGGAAUUGUGGUUAGGCACUUUGAGCUGGAAGAGCAUAAUGCAAAUCUCAUGCGGUGGGAUGCUAUUCAUUUGACCCCCAUAGGUCUCUAUAUAUUCAGGAUUAACUUCAGUCUGGUAUUAAGAGUGCUGUAGGAGGGCCGCACAGGCUUAGAUUAGAGCACUGGUCCAAUUGUGGCACAAUGUGCCUUGCCAGCACAGGAUUUAAGGACAGACAUUGUAGAAGUGGGCAUUUGGGAGCUGUGUCUGAUUGAAGGAGCAAAGGGAACAUUCACUCUUGGCUGUUAACGGGGGAACUGUGUGCAGCUUUACUGAUUAACGGCUGGUGCAACAUUUAUAUAUGCUGACACGAUGAGUUUACACUUAAUAAAACUGUACCUAUGCCUUUUGCCAAUUAUUAGUGUGUCUGGAGUAUUGAAGACUAAAAGCGGUAAGUGCCAAAAAAAUUAAAACACUGUUUUCCACGUUUAAGUGUCAAAUGAGCAAUGAUUUAUAAUGUGGUAAACGUGAAAAGUGCCUGGUAGUCCUCUAAGUAGUUCUAAAUAGCAUGUAAAAUCGUAAACUUUGUAAGUGCCAGAUAUGUGCAAAAAAUAUUUUUGGCUAUUUCCUAACAUUUUCACUUUUGGCACUACAUUUACCACAUUUAGCCCUCUAUUAUUUGGGUUAGGGAUUUAUUAGUUGUUUUUAAAGGUAUCACAAUCCUUAACAAUCAUAUACUAUGCAUCUAUGAGAGCUGAGCUAUGUAGAAAUAAAAACGACAUACCUUUUGAAUAAACAAGUGACAAUAUUACGUAUGGCUUGCUGUUCGACUGGCUAGAUGAGCAUUUCUGAACAUUUGAUACAUGUGUGAGAACAAUAGCCUGAUCUUAUUUGCACAAUAUAAUUUACUGCAGAUUAAAUACACAUUCCCAUAAUACAUGUUUCUGUGCACUUUGCACAUAUUCACAUUUUGCAGUAUUGACAAGAUUUCUACUGAUCUCAUUGGUUAUCUGUAGAUAAGGCUCUUUCACUAAACUGAGAAUAUGUUUGUAGUGGAUCUUGUUUUUUUUUGCUCCUCUCUAAACCAAGUUUGUUUGUUUUUGUUUUUUUUCUCUAAUGAAUAACUUAAUAGAAAAAAUAAUAAAAGAAAAAAGUAAAAUUACAAGGACAUCUUAAAACAAUGUCCGCCAGGGGGUGGGGCCUGACUGCUGAGCAGAGCAGAUCUCAGAUACUGCAGCUCCUCCAGUAAAUAUUGCUGGAAUAUCUACAGACAAAAGCUACCAAUCGACAUAUAUUGUUUACUAGGCAGACAGGUACAACACAGUGCCCAAACAAGUGGACUUUCACAAGAAAAAUACCUGAUCGGUAUCUGUGGCCUACAAGUUCUGGGCUGAAGAGGUGGCCGAUCUUCCAUUUCAGAGCUGACUGGCCACUGAUGGUGGGGCUGAUCCCGGUCCACUCCUGGGAGGCUACCUUGACCUAACAGGACCAUGGGGUGAAACCAUAAGGGCAAGUGGAGGCCACGUGUUCCAACAGCCUUAACAUUACAGUACCUACUGUCAUGACCCAGCUAAUAAAUUCUGGCAGAAGCUUGAAAGCAGGAUGCUUCAAAGCGCCCUACAACAGUCGAGUGACCACACACCCCAAGUAUCGCCACCAAGACCCCGGUGGGAACCUGUGGUUCUGGCAGUGAAGGAGGCCCCAAAAUGGUGGCAGAACAAGCAGAGCUCUUAGCUUAAGUACCUGGCAGUGCAGAGGCAAUAACCAACGCGGUCCAAAACUGUGACUUAUAGGAAGUCUAAAGUACCACCCGGGAAACCCGAUCUUGGCAAAUGACAGGGUCCGCCGGAUUGUAUAUGGGUUCAGAGGCCUUGAGGAUGAUUUCCAGUUCCAGGACUGUGUUAUGCCCUCGGAGGGCAUAGAUUAAUUGGGCGCCUGGACUGAGCUAUUAAGGGCUUUAGGCCACUCACCUCUCUAUUACAUGGCCUACAAAGGGGAGCUAUACACGUGUAAGAUUUAUUUGCUUACAUACUUUCACUGCCGACUUUAAUUUGAUUGUCUAGUUACCCUUAUCUUUCCAUCAUAUAUGAGCAAUAUGGGGGCCUUCUCUGGAAAUUAAUCAGCUCUGUUUAAUGUUGCUUUAUGCGUGAUUUUAGUUAACAAAAAAUGUGCAGAUUCGUAGGCAUGCUCAUAUUGAAGUAUUUGUCAAUUCUCCUGUCAUUAAGAGAUGCCAUGUUUAACACUGGAAUAAGCAAAACAUAAACCCCUUAUAAGCAAAAACCCCUUAUGCAAUAUAAAACACCAGUGGUUAAAAAGGGGGUAAUUAUGAAAAUACGUUAUGCUAUAAAAUAGUAGAUGUUUAGAAGAUUCCUCAAAUCUUCUGAAUAUACAUAUACAUAGAGAAAUAAAAAACCUACAAAAUAAAAUCAGAAAGGGCCACAAAUGGUACAGACCAAAAAACACCAGAUAAUAGCUAGUGUAAUAAUAUUUCUUCUCUACUUCCCAACUUCUGUGCUUGUUAUGAGAGAAGAAACAAAAGACAUAGUGCAACACUGUAUAACACCAAAAAGAACACUUUAUUUUAUGCAUUCACAAUAAUUAAAAAGUAAAAGCACAUCACAGUUUCUUUACUCUCAUGUGAAAUUCUGUAUACAACCUCCAGCACCCAGAAAUCUGUUGUGAAGGCAAUCAGUAAAACACAGGAAAACCGGUGUUCUUUUACCCUUCCUCAGGGUUAUUCAGUGUGUGUCUGACAAUUCUACCAAGUCCUGGGUUUAAAAAGCCUGGUUUGCUCCUCCCAAAUUGACUCACAGCCAAUCGGGAUGGAGCUGGUCCAGCUGAUGUCGAUAAUCCUCAUUUGCGUGUUUAACACUGUACUGUUUUCCCUAUGCACAAGAAAAAUAAAGAAUUUUUAAAAUAAAUGUACAUGAAAAAAAAAAAUCAAAAAACAAUAUCCACCAAAUGUCUAAAAAGAUGGCCUUUUUGCUAAAGUCAUAUUAAAAAUACAGACAACAUUCAGAUGAAAAAAUUUAUUCUUUAGGUCAACAACAAACCUUGUUUCAUUGUUUGUGACUAUAAUAUUCAUUUUAAUGGAAUACUGCAUUAGGUUUAUCUGACCUUUGUUCUCACAUUUCGAAAGAUUCCUUCUGUUGUUUUUCCCUUGUCAUUCAUUGUUUUAAUUUGAGAAGAAUUGAAAAGUUACUUAUGCAUUAUUCAACAUUUGAGGUAAAAAUAGAAUCCUUUAAGAUACAAAAUAAUUUGUACUUAUUUGUUUAUUAGGUGCUACAUGAGCCUUUAAUUGAUGAAGAUCCAGUAUUCAUUGCUAGCUGCACAGAACGGGAAUUGCGCAAAAGAAAAAAGAGAAAAUUCAGCCUCUGGGUUAGACAGUGCUCUUCUACAGGAUUCAUUUGCCAGGUAAGUGUAAGAACACUUUAUGUAUACAGAGGGACUGAAUUCAGGAUGCAGUUUCACUGAAGCAAUAUAAUAGAGAAAUUUUCCACUGUAAUCUCCUUUUAAUUAAACAGACAAUAAACCUACAACAUAGGUUUUAGUCCUCAUUGGCCAUCAUUAGUUAUAUGUAGCUCAAAUUUGUGGGAUAAUUACUCCUUUUAAAUGGGUCAGUAUGACAACAGAGUGUACAAAUAAACAUUGGCAUGUUCUCUUAAAGUUAUGAGAUAAUGCAGACAUGGAUUCCCAGGGCUCCAUGAGAAAUCUAGAAGCAGUUACCGAACCAUUGACUAGGGCAUCCACCCUAGUCUAUCUUUCCAUUUACAGCCACCCUGUCCAGUCUGUUCCUCAGUUUGUUUUCCGGGCUUGUGUCUCAUCUUCUAUGCGUUCCUGA